AAAAACAGACGAGACACUGGGACUAGGUCACUAGUCACUUGUGAAUUAUAUCAUAGUGACAAGAUGUGAAUAAUUCUGCAACAUAUGUACACCCGAAUUGUGCAAUUUAAUUUGCUUAUUUAGUUAAUUUCACUUAAAUGGAAGAUAGCAAAAAUGAAAUUUCCUAGCAGUAUUUUCCCGAAUAAAUCGGGCAUGGGAGUUUGUUUUCGUUCAACAAAAUGGUGGUCAUUUAGCGACAGGACACUUGUUAUUGUGUUGGUUUUAUGUAAGUUGUUGCCUUCAGCUCAUUCGGAUGAACCACAUUCGUCCCAUACCGGUGGAGAGGGAACUAAGGUAUAUCGCCACGCUCUUAUAAAUAUAUCUUUUAUGGAUUCUGAUAAAAACAAGGAGAGAACAUUAUCGUUUGAUGGGAAAUUUGGAGUCCAUAGUCUCGUAUCGGCUAUCUCGGGGCCUGUAUUUCAAGUGAUAUCUGAACCCAAAAAUAGAAACGGCGGGUUAAACAAAAAUCGCUUUGGAUGCUCUAAAUAUGUUAAUCCACCAUUGACUAGUGAGAAUUGGAUAGCAUUAGUUGAAAGAGGAGAUUGCAAUUUUUCGACAAAAGUACAAGUUGCAACCAAAGCUAACGCAACAGCCAUUGUUGUUUACAAUAAUCAAACUGCUCCCUCGGAAACAGUUAUGGAACACACAGGUAUGUCUAUGUGCACACACUUGACACAUUAUGUUAUAGAAAGACAUAUUUUACUUAGUACUGUAACUAUGGAUACGUAGUAAAAUUAGUCCUCCUAAUAAUUUAAAUGUAUCAACCCCUCUUUUUAUUUUUUUUAAUAACUGCAGUUUUCAAUCUUUUUGAUCCUUCAACUUCAACACACUUAUUUCUGAUUAACUAAUAAUUAUAAUUAUUUAAGUCCUGAGCCUCUGAGAGAAACCAAGUUAUUUAUUUUAAGCUUAUACUUAACUUAUACAUAAUUAAACAAUAUAAAGGCAUAGACUUUUAUUUCAGAUGUGGUGAGGAACAGCUCCAAAGGACAUUAUUCAUUUUAGUUAUUUAGUUCCAUCUUACUAGCCUAUAACUAUAAAAUAUUAUAAAUAUAGGCAAAAAUAUAAUUUUACUUCCAACGAAUGUAUGCUAUGGGUGAGACUGCCGUAAGCCCAUUUUUACUUGGUUUGUUUACUUCAUUAUUAAAAUCUCGCACCAUGUCUGUAGACACAUUGGCUGAAUCCGUCACUCUACUUUCAAGUUGCUAUAUUUUUGUAAUUUUUCAUUAUGCUAUAUUUUUGUAAUUUUUCAUUAAUUGUUGUCUAUUAUUGCAUUUGAUGAUGCCAGUCACUUUACAAGCUAAAGCAGUGGUUCUCAACCUUUCUAAUGCCAUGACCCCUUUUAAUACGGUUCCUCAUGUUGUGGCGACCCCCAACCACAAAAUUAUUUUCGUUGAUACUGUAUAAUUGUGGAGUAUAUGUGUUUUUAGGUGGUCUCAGGCGACCCCUGGGAAAGGGAUGUGCGACCCCCAAAAGGGUCGCGACCCACAGGUUGAGAACCGCUGAGCUAAAGGAUAGAGUUUUGGGUACAUACAUUUGAGACCCUUCUGAUCAUUUAUACUUUACUUUAUGUAGUACAAAAAAGUAGUAAAUUUUUCCAUACAAGUUUGAUUUAUUAUAAAAAAAAAUAUUUUAUUUAAAAUACAUUAAAAAAACCUAGUACCAUUUUUCCAGCGUAUAAGAUGACUCUUAACCCAUGAAAAUCUUUUCACAAGUCAGGAGUCGUCUUGUACCCCAGGGGUCAUCUUAUAAGCUGGAACCUAAGGGACAGGCACCCUCUAGUUCCAGUUUGGUUAACAGCUUAGAAAAAAAAACAGCAUGGCAGCUCCCAUGGGUUUAUUGUCUUAUCUUUCCUUUGAGCUUUAGAGUGCAUUAGGAAAAGUUCAAUCCACUUGCACUGUUUUAUGUUUACAUGUUUUAUGACAAACAGCCUUAUGUUUAGUAGUGACAGUUUUCCUGCUAAGUACCUGCAUGUCAUAAGUAUAUGAAUGAAAAUUACCAUAUUGAAGUCAAAUCUGAUGUUUUUAAAUUUGUAUUUGUUUUAAGUUGUAAGAGGGGUAGUCUUAUACAGCGAGAAAAGCCCAAACCCUACAUCAGACCUGUUUACUCUUACGAUUUUGGCGUACAAUGUACGAUUUUGAGGUGUAUACAUGAUUUAUACGGUAUGUUUAUUUUUUUACUAUGAAAAUGAUAUAUUAAAUGAUUUUGUGAUGAUAUUGUACGAUUUUAAGAGUUUGAAGGUAAACUGGUCUGCUAUAUUUUAACAGGAAAAAUAGGGGGUCGUCUUAUAUGGGGGAAAAUAUGGUAAAUGAUUUUUACAAAGUUGUGGUAAAAAAAUUUAGGUUAUGAGAAAAAGAUAACUUAUUCUAAAUCUUAAAAGUUUCUAUAAUUUAUUUUAUUUAAACCGUUUUUUUGCAAAGUCUGCUUCGCUUGACACAGGUCAUGACAAAAGUAAAAGGCAUUAAGAAUGUUAUCAACUUUUCUAAUAAAUCAAUACGAAAAUAAAAAAUGAGAUGUCAAGGUUUUCACCAUUUACUUCUUCUGGUGACCCUGUAUUUUGUUUUUGGACCGGGCACACUGUUUCUCAGAACACACAACUCUUAGAUGAUAGCAAAUUGGCAUAUUGCGUCACACACACUUCACAAAAUUGUAUAAUUUUAAUUUUGGUUUAAUGCUUUAAUAUUAUAAAUAGUGUUUUACUAUAGAUCAAAAAGGUGUUUGUCACUGUGACGGACAGGGGUGGUUCAGGGUAGCAUACAUUAAGGACACCGACCAAAAGCUCCCAGAGCGAAAGUGAAUUUUUAAUAAAUGAAAAAUUUUGAAAGCAGGGAUGCAUUUGCAGAUGCCUGAUUUUAAUUGUAGAACAUUUUACACUUAACAAGUGGAGAGCAAGAGAAGAGAUCUUAGUGGACAUUUAGAUUUUAGAACAUUUUACACUUAACAAGUGGAGAGCAAGAGAAGAGAUCUUAGUGGACAUUUUAAUUGUAGAACAUUUUACACUUAACAAGUGGAGAGCAAGAGAAGAGAUCUUAGUGGACAUUUAGAUUGUAGAACAUUUUACACUUAACAAGUGGAGAGCAAGAGAAGAGAUCUUAGUGGACAUUUUAAUUGUAGAACAUUUUACACUUAACGUGGAGAGCAAGAGAAGAGAUCUUAGUGGACAUUUUAAUUGUAGAACAUUUUACACUUAACGUGGAGAGCAAGAGAAGAGAUCUUAGUGGACAUUUUAAUUGUAGAACAUUUUACACUUAACGUGGAGAGCAAGAGAAGAGAUCUUAGUGGACAUUUUAAUUGUAGAACAUUUUACACUUAACAAGUGGAGAGCAAGAGAAGAGAUCUUAGUGGACAUUUUAAUUGUAGAACAUUUUACACUUAACGUGGAGAGCAAGAGAAGAGAAUUAGUGGACAUUUUAAUUGUAGAACAUUUUACACUUAACGUGGAGAGCAAGAGAAGAGAUCUUAGUGGACAUUUUAAUUGUAGAACAUUUUACACUUAACAAGUGGAGAGCAAGAGAAGAGAUCUUAGUGGACAUUUUAAUUUUAGAACAUUUUACACUUAAAGUGGAGAGCAAGAGAAGAGAUCUUAGUGGACAUUUUAAUUGUAGAACAUUUUACACUUAACAAGUGGAGAGCAAGAGAAGAGAUCUUAGUGGACAUUUUAAUUGUAGAACAUUUUACACUUAACAAGUGGAGAGCAAGAGAAGAGAUCUUAGUGGACAUUUUAAUUGUAGAACAUUUUACACUUCACAAGUGGAGAGCAAGAGAAGAGAUCUUAGUGGACAUUUUAAUUGUAGAACAUUUUACACUUAACAAGUGGAGAGCAAGAGAAGAGAUCUUAGUGGACAUUUAGAUUGUAGAACAUUUUACACUUAACAAGUGGAGAGCAAGAGAAGAGAUCUUAGUGGACAUUUAGAUUGUAGAACAUUUUACACUUAACAAGUGGAGAGCAAGAGAAGAGAUCUUAGUGGACAUUUUAAUUGUAGAACAUUUUACACUUAACGUGGAGAGCAAGAGAAGAGAUCUUAGUGGACAUUUUAAUUGUAGAACAUUUUACACUUAACAAGUGGAGAGCAAGAGAAGAGAUCUUAGUGGACAUUUUAAUUUUAGAACAUUUUACACUUAAAGUGGAGAGCAAGAGAAGAGAUCUUAGUGGACAUUUUAAUUGUAGAACAUUUUACACUUAACGUGGAGAGCAAGAGAAGAGAUCUUAGUGGACAUUUUAAUUGUAGAACAUUUUACACUUAACGUGGAGAGCAAGAGAAGAGAAUUAGUGGACAUUUUAAUUGUAGAACAUUUUACACUUAACGUGGAGAGCAAGAGAAGAGAUCUUAGUGGACAUUUUAAUUUUAGAACAUUUUACACUUAACGUGGAGAGCAAGAGAAGAGAUCUUAGUGGACAUUUUAAUUUUAGAACAUUUUACACUUAACGUGGAGAGCAAGAGAAGAGAUCUUAGUGGAAAUUUAGAUUCCUUUGACCUAGAUCUAUGUAUACAAAUUCUUUAGUGGUUACCACAUAGUAAUUAUGUGCUAUUUUAUUUUUAAUUAAGAUUUGAGAUUACUCAUUUGAAUAGAAUUAAAAAGAAAUUAUAUGAAAGAAGGGUCCAAAUGCCUUUGAAUGAUCACAAAAAAAGCACAGUAUAUUUAUUUAUAUAAUAAUCCAUUAAUUUCAAAUGCAUGUUCAUAUUUAUAAUGAAAAUAAUUGAUGAAAUGAAAUAAGUUUAUUUCUUAUACAUCUGAUGGGCCAUGAAAAUAAUUUAACUAAGAAAUAAGUUAAUUUCUGAUACAUCUGACAGGCCACAAUAUUUAGCGUACUUGACAGCUGGUCACAAUAUUUAGCUUACUUGACAGCUGGCCACACUGCUAUGCACCAACACCAGGACUGCAUGGCACAAGACAAAUUACAGAGACAACACAAUAACUGUCAAUAACACCCCACUGGAUGCUAUGUCAAGAGUUUGAGUACCCAGGGCUCAAAGUCAGAUGGGGAACUGACAAAAACAUCAGUGCAAAACAGGCUUCCUUUUUUUUAAUGUUGACAUUUAUUACAAGAUCAACUAAGCAGAGCAUCCAUGUCAAGAUGAGAACAUUUAGAAGUAAUGUCUUGAAUGUUCUGCUCUAGGAAUCUGAGUAGGAGGAGAUGACUAGCAUAUGAGAACAGAAACUGAUUAUUUUUAGACCAGGUGUCUGCAAAUGAUCUAUAUAAUAAUCAGGCCAAAGACAAUCUCCAAUGGAACGUUGCAUGAAAACUUGAUAUACGCCACUAGUCAAACCAGUUAAUUGUGCGUACAUACCAGUCAAAAAGAGUAUAAUUUUCUUUUUAGAUGUUAACUUGGAAAAUCUCCAAGUUUUAUGAUACUUGUGGAUGUAGAACUGGAAAAUGAGUUGGCAACAGCGACUUGAUUAGCUGCUAGCUUCCUGCUCACUGUCCUAUGGCUAUGCUGAAUAACACAAGAAUUGCCCUAUCAGAAAAUUUGAACUGCAGCACACCUGCAAUAAAUAUGUAUGAGAGGGAUCAGUAUAGGUCAAUAAUUUGUCAAUAUGUCAAAGUUCUAUAAUUUUAAUUGAUAAUUGUACGUUUUUUCCUAAAUUGAUCAUUUCCAAUUUCCCCAGCAUCCUCUAUAGUAGCAGUCCUCAUCACAAGAAACGAUGGACUCCAAAUGAUGGAAUAUCUGGAGAAGGGCAUUGCCGUGACCAUGCACAUUGGUGUCGGCAAGGAAGGGAUGUUGACCACAGUCAAUCACAACAGCAUCAGCAAGACUUCAGUCCUCUUUGUUUCAAUUUCAUUCAUCGUUCUGAUGAUCAUCUCCCUGGCCUGGCUUGGAUUUUACUACAUUCAAAGGUUCCGUUACUCACACGCCAAGGAGCGACUAGCUGUAAGUUAUUGAACUUUUAUUACAUUUAAGUGCAACCAAACUGUUGGUGGUAGUCAGUCCUGUGGAUAUGGCAAAAGAACAAUGAGUUCAAUGAAAUUUCAUCUCGCUGUUUUAAAUCAACUUUAAGUAAAUGCUCAUUUUAAAUACUGGGUAAGAGACGUAAACCACAGGAGUGGGAAGAUGUUGGUAUUAAAUGCCAUCUGUUAAAUGCCAUCUGUUAAAUGCCAUCUGUAUUAAGUAUUGUUGACUUAUCAGUUGAUGACUGCUGUCUGAAAAAUUCCCUAACAUUCAGAAAUAGAAUAUUUUUAUGUUGUAGAAGAUGCAACUACGUGCAGAAUGUAUUUAGGUCAGAAGUAAAAAAAACCUCUGAUAUAGGGAUUGGAUAGAUACAGAGAGAAGUUUAAGGGAACAUUUGGCUUGUAAGAUCAGUUAGCCUGUCCACUGUAUAUUAAAUAGAAUGUUGAUUAUGAACACAUAGGCCGUAGCCUGUCCACUGUGUAUUAGAAUAGGCUGUUGAUUAUGAACACGUAGGCCGUAGCCUGUACACUGUAUACAAAAUAGGAAGUUGUUUAUGAACACAUAGGCCUUAUCCUGUCCACUGUAUAUACAAUAGAAACACGUAGGAGGUCCACUGUUCAUUAAAUUAGGAAGUUCAUUAUGAACAUGUGGCCCAAUGAAAUAGUAAGAGCAGGCAAACUCAACUUGACUGUGAAGUGGUCCAAUAGCUUUGACAUGCCAGUUUCAGCAGGUCAAGUUGCUUACUUAACUAACCUAUUACAAAUGUCUGCACCAUCCUGCUACGAUAAAUUUCCUGAUGCAAUGCCCAAUGCCAAUCGUUCAAAUAUAAUGUCUUUUUUUAAAAUGCAGUCUUCUUCCUCCACCCUCCCCCACUAUCUAUAUUUUCUUAUUCUCUCCCCCCUCCCCCCCCUCCCCCCCCCCCCCCCCCCCACCCCACCCCCCCCCCCCCCCCCCCCCCCUCUCCACCCCCCCCCCUCUCUCUCUCUCUCUUGCCUAUCUUCAAGCACAAGAGAAAACGAUUUCAACCUGCUCCUGAGUUCUAUCAAUACUGCAAGGCAAAUGCCAUCAGUAAUAUUGAACAUCCUGUAAUAUGGACAAACGAAUUAAUCCGCCGCUAACUGAUGAUCAUCAUCAUUUGACUUAGAAACAACGGCACAGCUCUAUGUAUUUAAGAACAUUAAAAAACAUGCAUUAUUUAGAGUCGUGUUGGUGUUUCUAGUUGGCAUUCUUGAGUCUGCUUCACCUCUAGCAAACCUACUCCCGGCUGUGCCAUAAACCAAACAUAGCAAAACAGCAGGGAAGCUUUGAACAUUAUUAAGAUUUGGUUUUCAUAGAACAACCUAAAUGCAGAGCAACCUUUACACAGAACAACCUUUACACAGAACAACCUUUACACAGAACAACCUUUACACAGAACAACCUUUACACAGAACAACCUUUACACACAACAACCUUUACACACAGCAACCUUUACAGAGCAACCUUUACAGAACAACCUUUACACAGAACAACCUUUACACAGAGCAACCGUUACACAGAGCAACCCUUACACAGAGCAACCUUUACACAGAGCAACCUUUACACAGAGCAACCUUUAAAUUAAUUCUAUUGUUGAAAUAUGUCUAUCAAUAAGGUUAAGAAAACCAACUCAGAAAUAUAAAGGGGUGUAGUGGCGUUUUUGGCUGUUUUGUUGCCGGGGGGGGGGGGUGGUUCUGAUUUUGGGAACACUACUGUAAAUGUUGGCGUACGUGUGACUAACUUGAGUUGAAUCAUCAGUGCUCUUACUACUUGUUCACCACUCGCACUGCGGGUACCUUGCACGGCCCUGCACCGAUCACUUAAUCAUAAUGAUGUUCCGUUGAGUGUGUCAGGAUGGUUGGAACUGAAGCAGACGUGAUGUCGAUGAUGAAUCGAUCAAUGCAUUGACCUGAGCUUCAACAUCACGCCUGCUUCAGACGUGAUGAAGCAGACGUGAUGUUGAAACUCGGGUUGAUGCAUUGAUCGAUUCAUCUUUAUAUGGUUCACGAAGUUGCAAUGAUGGACUGUUAGUAGGUUAUGAAUGUUGAAACGGAGGCAGACAGGAUGUUUAAACCCUUGGGUUGAUGCAUCCGUCUGUUCAUGGGUACAUGGGUCUCAUAGUUAUAACUAUAUAUUGAUCUGUUGGUAGAUUCUCCUACUGGUAGGAUGUAAUGACAAAGAGCGCGUUACUGUUAUUAACGUCUGUGCAUAGUUUAUAAUGAUGUCGUUCUAUGGAGUUGAUAUAUAAUAUUAAUUGGAUGCUAGGUGGUCAGUGCUCUCUCUAUCCCCCCCCCAACCCCCCUAAGUUUUUCUUAAUUUUCAAGGGAAGAUCAAAUGAAAUUGCCGAUUGUUGUGCUAAAUGAGAUUCUUUUGUUUUUCUAAAAUAAUGUUGAUGGAAUGAAUCAACUGCGCAAAAACGAGUGCGAAUUUGAAUAUUAAAAUAGUUCAUGGCGUGAAAAUGAAAAGUGCGGUUGCGAGCUCGGGGAAGGGGGAGCACUUAUUUGAAUUAUUAUAAUCUUGUGUGCGUGUUUUUCUAAUUUUUUAGUCCCCCCCCUCCCCCCUUUUUCAAUUCCUCGAUAUUACAUUUUAUGAAGGAUGUAUAAGAAAAAAAUUGAAAGCAGAGAUCUACAUGAUUGUUAUUUUCGUAAUUAGGUUCAUGAAUAUAUAAUUGACAGCUAAAAGGCGUGGUUUGUCUAUUUAAUGUGUUAUAUUUAUAUUUUCUAAUGAAUGAAAAGCACAAGCCACAGGUAUUUUCUCAGCACCUGGUUCAGCUAUUUUCUCAGAACACCAUUCUUCUAUCCCCCCCCAGCACACCAUUCUUCUAUUCCCCCAGCACACCAUUCCUCUAUUUCCCCAGCACACCAUUCUUCUAUUUCCCCAGCACACCAUUCUUCUAUUUCCCCAGCACACCAUUCUUCUAUUUCCCCAGCACACCAUUCUUCUAUUUCCCCAGCACACCAUUCUAUUUCCCCAGCACACCAUUCUUCUAUUUCCCCAGCACACCAUUCUUCUAUUUCCCCAGCACACCAUUCUUCUAUUUCCCCAACACACCAUUCUUCUAUUUCUUCAGCACACCAUUCUUCUAUUUCUCCAGAACACCAUUCUUGUAUUUCUCCAGCAUACCAUUCUUUUGUUUCCCCAGCACACCAUUCUUUUAUUUCCUCAGCACACCAUUUCUCUAUUUCCCAGCACACCAUUCUUCUAUUUCCCCAGCACACCAUUCUUCUAUUUCCCCAGCACAGCAUUCUUCUAUUUCCCCAGCACACCAUUCAACUAUUUCCCCAGCAUACCAUUCUUCUAUUUCCCCAGCACACAAUUCUUCUAUUUCCCCAGCACACCAUUCUUCUAUUUCCCCAGCACACCUUUCAACUAUUUCCCCAGAUCUUAUUUCUGCAGUGAGAGCACAACAGCAUCGGGAUUACCGACACGUCAAUCUGAGCUAGAUUUAUGGCGAGCAGUUAGGUCGACUUCUUUACUCUUUCAGUUCCCAGCUUUUAUUUUCUACGGGGCGCGUGUGCUGAGAGAUAUAGAAGUAUUCCCAGACUAUGGCUAGUCUCUUCCUCCCAGCUCCGGCCAGUGAUGCCACACAGUCUGAGAGAAUGUCACGAAUUCAACUACAAAUCGUACGCCCCCCCCCCCCACUCACACAAUUUUUGUCCCGGCGUCAUAUAAGAGAAUCGUAAUGUGUUGUAGGCUGAUCUCAAAACUAUUAAUACAAACUCUAACUGCUGUGAUCAUUAGAAGCCACACAAGCUGAGAGAAUGUCCCCAAUUCAACUACAAAUCGUACGCCCCCCCCCCCCCCACUCACACAAUUUUUGUCCCGGCGUCAUAUAAGAGAAUCGUAAUGUGUUGUAGGCUGAUCUCAAAACUAUUAAUACAAACUCUAACUGCUGUGAUCAUUGUAUAACCUCCACUCGGAUAAAUGAUAAUGCCGGAGAAAAUGGUCUCUUGUAAACAAGACGGAAGAGUGAAACCAAAGUAUGCAUGUUUGACCAUUUCGACUCCGACUUGUUUUCCUUCUUAAUUGCGUGCAAUGGCUUUCGGGCAGAAUUCACAACAAGAUUGCCAUAUUCUAAUUGUUCUUUUUUUAACAAAUAUUUGUAAAAUAUUAUAUUUCUCAAACUAACGAUUGCUGGACCAUGUGCCCGCCCCUUAUUUCUUCCUUUUUUUCUCCCAUUCCCUUUUUAUGCGCUUUCAUUUAGCUUUCAAAUUUGUCGGCGUGUUUGUCUGGGUCAAAUUUUUAAACUCAAUUUUCGACCUAUUCCAUUCGGCCGAUGUUUUAUGUUUCUCAAUCUCGGUGACAAUACAACCUUUCAUGAUCAGUAGGUCAGCAAAGCCCCCCCCCCUCCCUCCCCCCACCGGCCCUUGAGUGACCACUGCGGGGCAAAUCUUGCAUCUCAAUUUUGAACCACUUCUGGUUCUCCAGCUGAGCUAAAACGUUGCCCACUUACCCACCCGGAUGCAAUACAACCAGCCGCCCAUACAGUAGGAGAAAUAAAUGAUCAAAAGACUAAAAACUAAAAAAAAAAACCAACAUAUUUUAAUUAAAAAAUUGUUAACAACACGAUUUUAUUAAAAAUGCACUAAAAGGUACGAACUAAUUUUUGAGACACACCGGUGUAAUCUUGCCAUUAUUCUUGCCUACAAAGGUAAAAGCGCGGGGGCAAAAAAUUGAAGGAAAUUAGCCAAACCAAAAACGGAGACGUGUUUUCCGCCAUUUUGUGUUUUUCUUUGAUGUUGUGGAUCGUAACUUUUGAGAACAAAAAGAUUCUUAAAGUUAGCGUCUGUAACACAGAGAUCAUGCUCCGAACGUCAUUCUGUGUGAAAUUAAAAAAAAAGAAAAGAGCUCAACAGGUUUCUCUUUAAUGAUGAGAGUUUUUUCUUGCAGCAUUUCCUUCCAUGUCUGGGGCCCACGGUUUUUAGUUUUGUAGACAUGAUUAAUUAAAAAAAAAAUUCUGGUUUAUUAUUCUUUUAAAACAUCCGGGUUUGCCUCAAAAAAAAAAAUUGUACUUUUAAAUACGUUUUAAUAAAAGCAUGUUUUAAAUUUCAUUAAUUUUUAAAAAUAUUUUUUUUUGCGGAUCAGAAAACAGAACAAAUAUCUUGUCACAAAUUGCACCCUGCACAUACGUUUAUUUAUUCUAAAACUAAAAAAAAAAAAGAAAAAUCUAACUUUGAAUCCUGGUAAGAACGAGGUGUGUGUUCUUGACAUAAUGAACAACCCGAACACCGAAUGCUGGUUGGACACACUUUGGAAAGUUCAAUUAUUUAACUUGUUCUUUUGUUGACAACUCGUUCAGCAGCGUUGCUAUUGUAAACAGUGCACGUCCACGUUUGUUAACAGCGCCCGUUCACGCUUGUAAACAGUGCCCGUCCACGCUUGUAAACAGUGCCCGUUCACGUUUGUAAACAGUGCCCGUCCACGCUUGUACUCAGUGCCCCUCCACGCUUGUAAACAGUGCCCGUUUACGUUUGUAAACAGUGCCCGUUUACGUUUGUAAACAGUGCCCGUUCACGCUUGUAAACAGUGCCCGUCCACGCUUGUACACAGUGCCCGUCCACGCUUGUACACAGUGCCCGUCCACGCUUGUACACAGUGCCCGUCCACGCUUGUACACAGUGCCCGUCCACGCUUGUACACAGUGCCCGUCCACGCUUGUAGACAGUGCCCGUCCACGCUUGUACACAGUGCCCGUCGACGCUUGUACACAGUGCCCGUCCACGCUUGUACACAGUGCCCGUCCACGCUUGUACACAGUGCCCGUCCACGCUUGUAAACAGUGCCCGUCCACGCUUGUAAACAGUGCCCGUCCACGCUUGUAAACAGCGCCCGUUCAUCGCCGCCGUUGUUGGCUAUUUACCAAACGGACGUUCUAUAUUUAGCCGGGCUUAACAGUGCAUUCUGUGCGCUAACUAGAUCACGCACGUAAACACGAUACCUAUUUAGUUAUUUAAGUCCGUAGACAGCCUAGCAAACGCCGAACUGAGAAGUUGUGUCGAAUUGGAUUACACAACGUGGUGGAAUGUUAAACAUCGGCCCAUGAUGUCAAACAAAUCGCUGAUGGUGUACAUACGUAGUGAUAGUAAAGGGUAAAGACAAGGGUAGCUUCUAGAGGACUGUCGACGGGGUUUAGUGGCCUGCGACUAGCCACAACUUACAGCUCUCCGAAUGCAUAUUGCUGGUCACAGGUAGUCUAGCUAUGAACAGCGGCACUCGCAUGCCCAAACACCAGUAAUAUCGUGCUCUGUACUUGUUUUUUCACGAGAAAUAGUGCCGAGCCACGUAUUGGCAAUGCAAAGUCUCUUUGCAUAUUGACAGUCCUAAUUUACUUAACAUUAUGAUGUUGCAUGUUGACAAUGCAAAGACAUAUACACCUAGACAAUGCCAAAUCACAUAUAGACUGUGUCAAUGCUGAGUAUUAUAUUGACGUUUUUUUUUUUUUUCUCCAUUCCGCGUUAAAUUCAAUUUUUUUUUUUUUUUAUUUUCUGUUUUUUUUUAUUUUAAUUUUUUUUUUUUUAUUUUAUUUUUUUUUUUUUAUUUUCUUUUUUUUUUUUUUUUCUUCAUUUCGCUUUAAAUUUAAUUUUUUUUUUUUUAAUUCAUGCUUUUAUUUAAUUUAAUUUUUUUUUUUUAAAUUAUUAUUAUUUUUUUGAAAUGUAUUGUAAUAUUAUACUAUAUCAGUUGUGUUGACGCUACUAGCUGCACGGCAAUUAGUUAUUUUUGCAUACAUAUAAUAUAUCCUGUUUCUUUGUAUACAACCUGCAAACGAGGCCGUAAUGAUCGCCUCCCUUGACAAGUUAAGAAAUGUUGGUAACCUUAUUAUUGUACAAUAGUUAUGUGGCGUGGUAUGUCACUCUGAUAAUAGACUCGAGGCAGCUGUUUUUUGUUUUUUUCCGAUGGGGCCACCACAAAAAGAUCAUCUCAUUAAUACAGACGCUAUUUUUUUUUUCCUGUUUGUUUUGAGUUAGUGAAUUGUGACACACUUAGACUCAGGAGGCCCCGGUCAAUAACCCCACAGUGUUUGCAUAGUUGUUAUGGUUUGAUUGAAACCGUCACGGGGUAGUUCCAAAAGUUUUACUGCGUAUGUUUGCGUAUACGUUUCUAGCUGCAUGCUUGAAGUACACAACACCGGACUCACUGAUGUCUGUAACGCUGAUUCUGUUGUCUCGUCCUCGCAGUAUUGACGUGUCAUUAGGUCAUCUUUUCCUGUUUUGAUGACUUCCGUCCUUUGUUCGGCUUGUGUGUGGAAACAUUUCAAUUUGUUUUGGGGGUGGUGUGUAGUGCUAGAUAAAACAAUGCAGUAGUUCGUAGUGGGAUUUCGUGAUAUUUGUUUAGGGGGGGGGAUGAUUAGUAGGAGGUGACAUAGAUCGGCUAAACUUAUAUGCACAGCCGGCAAAGCCCUGAAAUAAAUUUUAACCCAUGGCAAUACGGCUGUACUUUAAUUUGACUUGAGAUAUUUCGAAAAUGAUUUUUUAAAGAAAAUGUCAUUUUUACUGGGGUUUAGGGGCUAGGGGGCAGUACCGGUACUGAACUUUCGUAUAUUUCUUGUCCCGCCCUGAGCGGCACUAACCCUAUCGUUUGUAGGAUGAUGGUAGUGCCUAUGUGAUGGUUCUACCCAAGUAACACACUUUCUUGAGAGUUGCACUCGGAAAGUGGUUGUGCAUACAUAUGUUUGUGUGUUAAUGUGUGAAAAUAGUUGAAGAUGAACUUUAAUGACGCUUAAGUUUGAUAGAGACUACGACUGAAAGCAAUGACAAACUAUUUGAGAUUGCAGGCGUUUAACCUUAGACCAUUUUUGUAUAUAUCUAUCUGAUGUCAUCUGAUUCUCCGCCUAGGCCGUAUGUCACAUUUGAUUAGUUUUUAACACGGGAGAAAUGAUUGGUCUUUUAUUAAGAUUCAGACGCUGGUGUACGAGGACACGUGUCCGUUUCGUCUUGAAAAACUGUUCGAUUUGGGCUACCUGGCCUAUUGGAAAGAGUUGUUUAACAGAGCCCUUAAGUUCAUGUUUUUUUCCUGCGGUGUAUAGAGGAGCAUCAUACCGUUUUUUUACUCACACCGAGCCACUCGCGUAACCUACUGGGUAAAUCCAAUAUUUCUAGUCCUGAGAGUGUAAGCCCACCCCACCCCCCGCCCCAAUUUCCAUUUCCUUCCCUCUUAUUCUCUGACAUUCUGUGGUUGAAUGCAGUUGUUCUCAAACUUUUUUUACGGCCACCGCUCCCUUGGCAUCAUACACCCAUCCCUAGAGCCUCUGUAUACCCAAAAAUGUUUUGAUCUAGGACAGUAGUAACCACAGCCUCUAUAAGGAAGAUAAUAACACAAAAUCAAUAGUGUUUUAGGUAAUUGGACUUGUAAUUAAAAUAUAAACAUCUGUCAACUUAAUUCAGUAAUAGUUUGAUCAACUUGAUCCAUUAAUACCCCAUGUUAAAAAAAAAAAAAGUUGGAUUACGAUUAGGAAAACCUCCGCAUUACGACCUUUAAAUUGCCUUUAAAACGAGGUCGUAAAUCGGAGGGGUCUUAAAAAAGAGGUAGGACAUUUUCGAAAAACGACAUUUAGAAAAUUAAAUAACAAGUAAAAAAAAAAUACGUACCAUUAAAUAUAGACAAUAUCUACCACCUUUCGUUCAGAAAUGUAGAUUAAACUCUGUCUCACAACCAAUACAGUCACUAUCUUCCUGUUUCUCAUUAAUUCCAAAAUAAAAAUCAAUGCUGGUGUGGUAGUUGUUUUAAAGCGUGUAUUAAGUGCUGAAUGCAUGCUUAGAGUUAGAACUAUUUUUGUUUAAGAUACGCGUAUUAAUAUAUUGAUUUAAUUAUUUUUAUUCAAUCAUUGAAUAGUUUUUUUGUUGUUGUUGAAAAAAAGCUGUUAUUUCUGUUUGUUUGCAUGAUUCCCCCCCCCCCCAACCCGUUCACGUUCUUUUAGUAGGUCAUCUUGAACACCAGACAUUGUGUCGACAAGGUUUGAAAGGCCCCAGCUCAGGGCAACUAAAUAUAUUGAUUUAAUUAUUUUUAUUCAAUCAUUGAAUAGUUUUUUUGUUGUUGUUGAAAAAAAGCUGUUAUUUCUGUUUGUUUGCAUGAUUCCCCCCCACCCCCAACCCGUUCACGUUCUUUUAGUAGGUCAUCUUGAACACCAGACAUUGUGUCGACAAGGUUUGAAAGGCCCCAGCUCAGGGCAACUGUGGUCAGCCCCUUGUGGUAUUUCAAGGCAGUGGAGAAGUUGUUGGUGGUUCUUCAUCUUUCUCAUUCUCAGUGUGACUGAGCUGGUUACCUACGUGGGAAGAAGAAACCUGACCGUCGCUAGUAGCAGUGACACAGGUGGCCUGGAUCUUAUCAUAACAUAAGGCAAACUCCUGAAAGGUGCACCCAUCAAGCACCCUCUCCAUGGCUCCCUCCAGUGUGGCCACUUCUGCAGGCCCUUCUUCAUGCAGGAUCAGCCUCGGUUUCAACACCCUGCACUACUUCCAAGCUGCUUUAGUGCAUCGCCUGCUGUUAAAAAGUUGUCAACGAAACUGUUUCCUUCAAGCGCACAAACAUAGCCUUGCUUUGGGAUCGGACUUUUUCCAGGUGCUAGGUCGUAAAAUUGAAUUAUUUUAAGGUAACAAGUCGCGUUUAAGAGGGAGUCGUUUAAGAAAGGUCGUUUUUAUAGUGCAAAGCAUCGGUGCAUUUUUUCCGGCCCUAUUUUGGAGGAAUUCUUUUAAGAAAGGGUCGCAAAACGAAAGUUUUACUGUAGUAACUUAAUCUACGUCGCUCGUUAAUGAUUAUUGAAUGCCUUGGAUGGGACUAGUAAAGUGAAAGCAUUUCUUCAUGUCUGGUUUAUGUUAACUGCAACAAGACUCUUUAACACUUUCAGACAGACAUAUAGAUUAUAUUUCUUUGCAGAACGGAGAUUCAUCUUUGCCUAUUUCCAAAGUGCAUUAUAUAAAAUUAUAAUGACAUGAAAUUUUGUUCCGAGACCGAAACUCUAAGCUGUGAAUUACCUAUUUUUAAAAUAACCAAACUCAUCUGUAACUGAAAUUAAAAAUGGAUUUAUCGCUCAAUCUAAAAGUUCAAUUAAAGAAGAUCCUUAAAUAGCCCACUGUUACGCACUGGCUUCUAUUGUGAGAAAUUAGUCUCCUAUUUUAAAUGUAUAGCUCGUUCAAACAGUGCCUAACAAAGGACGAUACCAUAGAAAAAUACAAUAACACAUGUACGACACCCAAAACAGUACCAAUUACAAUUAAUAAGAUUUAAUUUAGUUAUAAUACAAUUACAAAAACAAAGGAAAUAUCAUUACAAAUCAUCAACUUGGAGUAUGGUAGAUCUUGUACCGGUACACAGUCAACACAGUUAGUACAAUGUGCCAAUGAGUAAUGAUGAAUGAUCAAUGCGAAUCAACACAUUUAAGUACACUAAGAAUCAUACACGUCUCGUGAAGUUAAAAAUAUCUCAAUCUCCGUCCUCUCUGUGUCUGUCAAUCAUUUAUACAUGUGGGUCUACCGACGCGUCUAGAAACGCCCUUACUUUUCUAAUACAACCGAGAACCUUCGACAAGAUACUAGUAGACAUACUAAUCAUGUUUAAUUGGAAGUCGGUAGUAAACACGCCGCAUCAAACGAAUAGGCCACGCCCAUCUAUGAACGUAGCGUGUGCUAGGGUUCAAGCAAAGUUCACGCACGGAGAAGUGUCAUACAUACAUAACACCCACACAAAUAGUAUGUACCAUAUUCAAAUGGCCUCAUUAUAUUUAAGCAAUAGAUUCACUAAGGGUAAGGACCACACCGAAUGACACCAUCACAAGGGUGGUGACACCAAAUUGAAAAUUGCAAAUUUGACAAUUUCGCUCGUCCAUUAAAGAAUGAACAGGUGUCCUCACCAAACAGAGCAUUAUCUUCUGAGCAGGGUGUCGCCACAGCAGAUUGCCAUGAGAACAGGGUGCCCUGAGAGUAGAUGGCCACGAGAUUACGCGUUGCAUAUAGCUCCGGUUGCACAGAGAACAGGUUGCUACCAGAGCAGGCAGAGCCAGCUAGGUCCAUGGUGAAGUCAGAAAAGGAGGGUGACACCAUGGGUUUUAUAUAAAAUGAAAUAAUAAAAAAUGGGUUCACAGGAUUUAUAUUUGAAAACAAUGUUUGUAAAGGUUGUUUAUUUCUCUAUUAGGUCCGACGUGCUUGGGUAUCGCUAAUGAGCAGAUACGAAAGUAGAGAUUAUUCAUUUGGUGUUAAUAAGAUUGACGCGAGCUUACAGGCAGUUUAAAUUGAUUUAAUUGAAAUCUGAAACUAUUUCUGGCAACAGCUAAUCUGUGUCUGAUGAAGUUUGGGUCAGCAGUGGCCGGCACCGAGAUAAGCAGUUGUAUUUUCUGUUUUUAAUUCCACUGCGUCAAAUAGCUGCUUAAAUAAACUCACCCCCCAAAUUGUGAAAGUCAAUAAUUUUCAGUUUUUAAUCCACCAGAUGUUGACGAUGAAUGAAACAAUUAAAAAACUACAGCUAUUAAGUACUUUAAAUUUAAAAAAAACACACAAAAACAACAAAAAAAAAAAACGUUACCGCCGCCCUGAAACAUACUGACCCACUUUGAGAACCACUGGUUGAAUGGAUCGGUUCAUUCAUUUUAAUUCACAGUAUACAUUUACAAGGAAGACAACGAAUUCAUUAUUACAAAAUUUAUCAGCAUAAAUGUCUUAUUAUUGUGAAUGCAAUUAUAAAGCAUUGUUAGAUGUGGUAAAUAUUUGCAUUGAUGAUUGUAUCCGUUGCCUUUAAAAAUGUCAAAAGCUGAUUGAAAAUGAUCUAGAUUGCCCCAGACUAGGUCCUGAAUACCAUAACGUGAUUUACUUCCUUAUAUAUACUCUGUCUGUGGUAUUUUAUUUACCACUAUCGACUGCAUUUAUUACAGAAUUCAGCAAAAUAUACAUCUAUUCUAAGCCGUACUUUUAUGUAAACCAUUUUAUUUUAUUAUCAUUAUUAAAGUUCAUUAUUGUUCAUACUAUAUAAAGAUAUAUAUAUGAGUUGUUUAAAUUUUAUAUUAAAACCUAUAUAUAUAUAUAUAUAUAUAUUUAUAUAUGAGAACCAUUGUUGUUGAGUUAUCUUUUACAAUGUUAUUAUUAUUAUUUACCGGAAUUACCUGUUAAUUUUUUCCCCUCCUUUUUCCUCCCUCUACCAGAGACGUCUGGCCUGUGCUGCCAAGAAAGCUAUCGCCAAGAUUCCACAGAAGACUAUCAAGUCUGGGGAUAAGGUAAGAACGCCCGCAGCGUCUAGUGAGUCCUUAGAUCAGUCAUGUUCUCUGUGGUCUCACUGCUGGAUAAUUAGCUCGGCCGUGCCGAUGACUUGUUGUACACAGGCGAACCACUUUUCUCUGUGUUUUGCUUAUCUAAGUUCAUCAACAUUGGCAAUGUGCCCAAUUGAUAUUAUUUUUUUUUAAAGUGGAUCACCGGUGCAGUGCUAACGGAGCCUAAUUUGUUUCCGUGUGGCUUGGAAGGUUUUGUCACUCGACUUGCUGGAAGUAAUUGAUGCUAAGACACCUUGAAGGACGGGGUACGAGAACUCUGCAUCAAUAUUUCGGGCUCUGCUUUCAAAAAGAAAGAAAUGUUCACAUUUAAACCCCCUGCUGUGUGGCCUUGUUUUUCAUUUAGAUUUAACCACUCAUUUUUUGGGUGUUUUACGUGAAAGCGAGAGGCCUGAAAUUAUGUCUAGCCCUGUAGUUCAACUGUUCUUGGACACCAGAGUUCCCUGAAAUUAUGUCUAGCCGUGUAGUUCAACUGUUCUUGGACACCAGAGUUCCCUGAAAUUAUGUCUAGCCGUGUAGUUCAACUGUUCUUGGACACCAGAGUUCCCUGAAAUUAUGUCUAGCCGUGUAGUUCAACUGUUCUUGGACACCAGAGUUCCCUGAAAUUAUGUCUAGCCGUGUAGUUCAACUGUUCUUUGACACCAGAGUUCGCUUUAAAAUAAAAAUGAAUAAAUUAUUAAAAUAAUUAAUUUUUUGUUGCUGGGUUGUGGGGGUCUUAGAACAUGGGCGUACACCAUGACUUUAUGGUGUUACUAAAGGGGUAGGCAUGUAGACCUCUUUAGAUCAUUCUGCAAAACCUUGACCCAGCGUGACAUGGCUUGCGUCUAAAUAGGAAUUGACUUGGCUAUUUGGAAGCAGGUAGUGCUGAGGGAUUUUCCCAAAAGAAAUAAUGGAAAGGUUAGGAUGAGAUCACACGGUAAUACCACAACCAUACUUCUUUAAUGCACGUUGAUUGGUCUGUGUCUUUACAUUUCACAAUCAUUAGAAACAGCAGUACAUGACGAGAUCACAUACACAUACAGUAAUACCCUAAAAGCCAUACAUGCUACAAUGAUAAUUUACGCCUCACAAAUUACAACACUACCUGCGCGUGCAUCUCUUAACUUAUUGACCCCAUGUUUCUGAUAACAAGACACAAUGUCAACUACCUAAUUUUUACUCCACCCUAACAAUCCUUUGAAUAUAAUAAAUCUAGCUGUAGUUUUUGAAAAUAAUGAAAAUACAGAAGUUUUUUUAACAUGUGAAUUGUGAGUGUAUUGUAAUAGUAAUAAAUCUAAUGCUGCCAGUGGAGUACACUACUUUAAAUAUGAAACCCUAUUCUUCCUGUUGCAAAUAUCACCUGUCAUUUAAGUUUCUCUGUUUCCCCGUUAAUGAUUAAUGCGUCUUCCAUUUAGCAAGUGGUGUUGAGCCACGUCCACUGGAAAACUUGUGUCAAAGACGGACGUGGUUUGUCUUAUGUAGAUAGUCCAAACUCAUGGACGGGGUUAGUCUUAUGUAGAUAGUCCAAUCCCGUGGACGUGGUUUGUCUUAUGUAGAUAGUCCAAUCCCGUGGACGUGGUUUGUCUUAUGUAGAUAGUCCAAUCCCGUGGACAUGGUUUGUCUUAUGUAGAUAGUCCAAUCUCAUGGACGGGGUUUGUCUUAUGUAAAUACAUCAGUCUCAUGGACGGACGGGAUUUGUCUUAUGUAGAUACACCAAUCUCAUGGACGGGGUUUGUCUUAUGUAGAUAGUCCAAUCUCAUGGACGGGGUUUGUCUUAUGUAGAUAGUCCAAUCUCAUGGACGGGGUUUGUCUUAUGUAGAUACAUCAAUCUCAGGAGAACUUGCGUCAUAGACAGACGUGUUUUUUUUUACACUGGUAUCGAUACAUCAACCUUAAUCAUAAUGUGUAACCUAAUAGUUGAUUCUAUUUAUUUUUGUUUUUAAUAUAGAUGACAAAUUAAAUUAUUAUUUUUGGGCACGAAUACCGCACAUUGGUUACACGAAAGUUAUAUUUUAAUAUUUUAUUUUCCUUUGAAAGCUGAUGAUGAAGUUAAUUGAAAUUUGGCACAAAAUAAUAUCGAUCAUGCAAGUUUAAGCUAAUUAACUUACUUGGUCACAAACAGCUUGGUGUAAUUGAAGUGCCGGGGUAAGAUUAGAAAACUGCAACAUGAGUUGUCAAUUUUUAUUUCCUAACGCUGAGACGUCAGAGCUGGUUGUGUUCAUUUCAUCCCUGGUCAGAUUUCAUGAUGUCAGGCCGUGGUCAGAUGUCAUGAUGUCAGGCCGUGGUCAGAUGUCAUGAUGUCAGGCCGUGACAGACAUGUUUCAUUAAAUUUAAAAGGUGUAAGUACAUUCCUAAUUUGAAUCACUGAACUUUUUCCAAGGCAGAUCUGGCAAAGUGUUACGGGAAUAGUUUUACUAUAUUGGAUUCCUUUCCCUUAUCUGUUACAACUUUUUAAAAUUUUAUUUUUUUACAGUAUCAAGUUUUCAAUACAUCACUAUUGAAAGAUAUCUUAUAAUUUUGUAGACACGUAUUAAUUUUCUGGUUUCAUAGUUUCAACAAUUGGAAAUAUAGUUUUAUUAUUAAACUGUUGCUUGUUAUGUUUAAAAAAAAUAAUUCCAUUUGCAAUGUGAUAUAAAUUUACGAGUCAACUUCCUGUUCUUGAACUGAAGCAUUGAAUUGGACACAGUCCACAGUCUUUUGUUUCUUAUAAUAUAAUGGACUUUGAAUGAACAUUGUUGAUUGAUAAAUGUGCUUGUUAAUUUGAUCAUGUUAUUUAUUGUUCAAGUUUAGACCACUCGGUCACCCAGCACACAAUGAAUAAUGUGGGUUAGGCUGGUCAGCGGUUGAAAACAGUUUUCACAAUCCUAUGCACGGGAUCGAAUUAAGAAACGCAUGAAUUCAUUAAGAGGCACGCAUUCUUUAAGAGACACGCAUUCUUUAAGAGACACGCAUUCAUUAAGAGACACGCAUUCAUGAAUUAAGAAACACACGCAUUCAUUAAGAGACACGCAUUCAUUAAGAGACACGCAUUCAUUAAGAGACACGCAUUCAUUAAGAGACACGCAUUCAUUAAGAGACAUGCAUUCAUUAAGAGACACGCAUUCAUUAAGAGACACGCAUUAAGAGACACGAAUUCAUUAAGAGACACGCAUUUAUUAAGAGACACGCAUUCAUUAAGAGACACGCAUUCAUUAAGAGACACGCAUUCAUUAAGAGACACGCAUUAAUUAAGAGACACGCAUUCAUUAAGAGACACGCAUUCAUUAAGAGACAUGCGUUCAUUAAGAGACACGCAUUCAUUAAGAGACACGCAUUCAUUAAGAGACAUGCAUUCAUUAAGAGACACGCAUUUAUUAAGAGACACGCAUUCAUUAAGAGACACGCAUUCAUUAAGAGACACGCAUUCAUUAAGAGACACGCAUUUAUUAAGAGACAGGCAUUCAUUAAGAGACACGAAUUUAUUAAGAGACACGCAUUUAUUAAGAGACAUGGAUUCAUUAAGAGACACGCAUUCAUUAAGAGACACACGCAUUCAUUAAGACACACGCAUUCAUUAAGAGACACUCAUUCAUUAAGAGACACGCAUUCAUUAAGAGACACGCAUUCAUUAAGAGACACGCAUUCAUGAAUUAAGAGCAACGCGAUUGAAGUUAUAAAAACGUUAAUGUUCUUCUAGUGAGGAGCAACGUCCAAAGAGUAAUAUGGUCAUUAUCAGAUUAGACUUUGACGGACUAUCCGCCAUAUUACUCGGUUACAGAGAAAUUAGAAAAUUAAGCUAUUACAAAACUUUAUAACAUUUGUUUACUAAUUUAAAAGUCAAUGGCUCUCUUCCCCCCCCCCCCCCCCCCGCAUAAUCACGAUUCCUGAACACCGCAGUUUGGGAAACGCUGCUCUCAAUCUUUCUUUGCUGUACCCUAAAAGUACCUAAAGCAUUUUUUUUUUAAUUUUAAAAAAGUGCUACAGAGAUAACAAUGCUUCAAUUGAAUACCAGUAACGAAAAGUGUUGAGUAAAUCACAGCCUCAUAUUUGGCGGAUGUUCUCUUCCUCGUGCUCAAGUGACGCUCAAAUCGAUGCUAUGAUUAAUGUAUGCCUCUGGCGGAUUACAAUACGUUGUUGGUGUAGGGCUCUGUUGCAUCUGUUGAUAGUUCUGUUUUUAUUUCUGUUCAUGAGCCUGUAUUGCAUCUGUUGACACGAAUUUGGAAAAAAAAAUCUAUAGAUUAGUCUAUACUGCAUCUAUUUAUAAGUUAUGUAUUACAUCUAUUGAUAACGUUUUUUAAAUCAUCCAUAGGUAGACUAUACUACAUCUAUUUAUAAAUAAGUCUUGCAUUGCAUCUUUCUUAAGACUGUAGUAGUCCCACUUCUAGUUAUGGAAUAUAGCAUUGGUCUUCUAUAUGUAUUAUAUUUGCCCAAAGGAUUACAUAUUAGUCGGAGCCGUUUUGGAAUAUCCGAAGGAUCGGUUUCUUGAAACUCAUCAUCCAAAUAUGGGGAUUUAAUCAUAUUUUUAAAAAGAAAAAAAAAAAAUCUCUUGGUGUUUUCUUAAUAAACAGUUUUUCUUCUUGGUUUAAAAGACAUAUCGAUUAUCCGGACUGCAAUCCCUAGGCUGCCAUAUCGCCCACACAAUAUCGGAAUUAAGGAGCCGAGCAACAUUUUCAUUACGGCAUCUUCAGCUCAGUUUUAUCUAGUUGAUUCCUGGUCCAAAAAUCUACAUUGCAGAGAAUAGAAUCUUGCUAUUGUAAAAGGUGACCACCAUUGACUUCCAGCUGUAUACAUAAUAUGAUAACAGGAGGCUCGGUAGUCAAUACGAGUGUAUCAUGCCCGCCCCACGUGAAUCAAUAACCGUAUUGUACCGAGUUCUCUGGUAGCGCUAGACGACGUGUGGCUUCUUAAUCGAAUUGUUUUAAUAACGCGAGCGGUCACGUGUCUGGUCACUACUACUUGUGGGGUUUUGAAAAUCUGCUUACGCUUUAAGAAAUCACUGCUUAAUAAUCAUUUGAUGUUAAUAGCAACCAGCCUUGACGAUAAGUGGACGCAAAGUGGGUCAACCACAUUGGCACAGGCUCACCAGUGGUUCGAAUCAGUGGGAACAGCCGUGAAAGAUGUAGACACUUGGGUCGAGCUUUGAGAGACCGUUCUUAAUUAACGAGCUUAAAUUACUUGAAAUGUUUCAAAAAUAUUAUCCUUCGGCAUUGGGUAGAUCCGUAUGUGCUCUAUCAAUAAGUCAAUGCGAUUUAAAAAUAAUAUCUUAACUAGCGCUCUACGAUUUUAUGUUAGAGAUGUGGGUAAGAGAUGUGACGCUAGCUCUGUGGUUUGCUCUCAAUGGGUAAGUGAUGUGACGCUAGCUCUAUAGUUUUUUCUCAGUGGGUAAGGGAGGUUGAGCUUGCACUAUAGUUUUUUUUUCCCCAGUGAGUAAGGGUUGAGGAGAUUUCUUAGGUACACAAUAAAAUUUUAGGUAUUUUUUCCGGGAUCUAUGAUUAUUGUUCGCCAUGUUUAUAAAUGGAUUCCAACUAAACGUUUUUAUUUAAUAAUAAUUACCCCCUUUAAAUAAAGCCCUCCUCACCCCCACCCCCCAGAUAAAGUCCACCCCCUCAACCCCCCCCCCUCCCCGACACAGGCCCCACAGACAAAGCCCCGAUCCCAUACCAAGUCUGGGGUUGUUUGGGCCGAAAUUUUAAGGUUAAUAUAUUUUUAAAACCUGCUUUUUCCGUUAAUUAUAGCGGAAAUUUGAAUUUUAAAAAUCUAAUAACGGAGGUAUUUUGUAAAUGAAUGAGCUCAGCACAGAUCCACUGGCCGUAUUUCUUCUUAGCCUGCAAAUACAUUAAUGCAGGGUGGGCCAAAUAAAUAAGGGAACACAUUCGCAAAAUUGUGCUCAACCAUUGACGCAGACCAGUGAUCACUAUACCUCAUUUCUGGCUAUACAAAGACGUACCGAUUUUAUGGCCAUCUAUAGUUUAGUAUAUGAGAGACUAUAUAUAUAUAUAUAUAAGUGGACGCAAUCUCAUACCCAUGUACACACGGCACGGUUUGUCUUAUUCCUCUUGUAUAUAUAUAUAUAUAUAUAUAUAUAUACGCCACUUCGGAAAGAAACUUUUGAUUUUAUAAACGUUGUUACUAUUUGACUAUCUGGACUCAGGUAUCCAAUUUAGGAUAAUUGGCUGACAAGCAAUAGACAAACAUUCUCAAAAUCGCCAUUUAAAACUGCUCUUUGUAAUGGUGAAAUCUCGGAAGUAUCAGGAAUCUUUAAAUAAUCGAUGAGUGUUCCAAUCAACCUGUUAGUUUUAUUGGGGUUGUGUUUAAAUUUUUCAAUCUCACCCUGUCAGUUGUAUUGGAGUAUGUGUGUUAUGAUCACCCUGUCAGAUGUAUUAGAGUGUUUGUGCUAUGAUCACCUUGUCACGUGUAAUGGAGUAUGUGUGUUAUGAUCACCUUGUCACUUGUAUUGAGUAUUUGUGCUAUGAUCACCCUGUCACUUGUAAUGGAGUAAUAGUGUUAUGAUCACCCUUUCAGAUGUGUUUGAGUUUGUGUGUUAUUAUCAUCUUGUCAAUUGUAUUGAGUAUGUGUGUUAUUAUCAUCCUGUCAGUUGUAUUCAGUAUGUGUGUUAAGAUCACCCUGUCAGUUUCUGUUGGAGUAUGUGUGUUAAGAUCACCCUGUCAGUUUCUGUUUGAGUAUGUGUUUAUGAUCACCCUGUCAGUUGUAUUGGAGUAUGUGUGUUAUGAUCACCCUGUAAAUUGUAUUGGAGUAUGUGUGUUAUGAUCACCCUGUCAGUUGUAUUGGACUAUGUGUGUUAUGAUCAUCCUGUCAGUUGUAUUGGACUAUGUGUGUUAUGAUCACCCUGUGAGUUGCAUUGGAGUAUGUGUGUUAUGAUCACCCUGUCAGUUGUAUUGGAGUUUGCUUGUUGAGCUCAGCCCGCCCUGUAAUGUUUAGGCUCUCAUAAUUACAUCGCCAAAUCGACGUGUAAGGAAAUAGGUCGAAAGCUUGCGUUCAGGUCGAUACUCAUGUCACGCGUCUCCCGGGUACAUACGGCACGGUUUGUCUUACUCCUCUUCACUGCCUCACCAAUCUUAUGCCCGGGUACAUAUGGCACGGUUUGUCUUACCCGCUUCACUGUCUCACCAAUCUUAUGCCCGGGUACAUACGGCACGUUUUGUCUUACCCCUCUUCACUGUCUCACCAAUCUUAUGCCCGGGUACAUAUGGCACGUUUUGUCUUACCUCGCUUCACUGUCUCAUUAACCUCAUGCCCGUGUACAUACGGCACGGUUUGUCAUACCUCGCUUCACUGUCUCAUUAACCUCAUGCCCGUGUACAUACGGCACGGUUUAUCUUACCGAUAACCUCACCGCGGUUUAAUUUUAACUAUCCAUUUGCUUCAGUAAUUCUCAAACUGUGAAUAGCGACGCCCUCUAGGGUCGCCUGACAAUAUUGGAGGAGUCCCUUGUGAGUUCGAAAAUUUUAUUUUAAAAAAAAGUUAUAUUAUUUAUUUAUUUGUUGACAUUUUAAUAUGCAUUUUUAUCUCUAUAUGCCAUUAUACUCUGCCACUUUAAUAUCACACACGAAAGUUGGACUACACUGUAGUCCACUGGUUACAACGGUUACUGGCCAUCCAUUUAGUACAGUGGUUCUCAGCCUUCCUAAUGCUGCGACCCUUUAAUACAGUUCCUCAUACUUUGGCGACCCCCAACCAUAAAAUUAUUUUUGUUGCUUCUUCAUGAAUAUGUAUAUUACCCCCGUGUAAGGGUUGUUCGACCCCCAGAAGGGUCGCGACCCACAGGUUGAGAACCGCUUCAUGUUAGUUUGUUUAUGUCUUCGCUAUUUCGAACUGAUCUUGUUAGAAUUCAACAUAGGGCGCUUGGUAAAAAUCUAAAAAAAAAAAAAUUGGGGAACCAUUGACGUAGUUUGGGGGAAAAGGGGGGGGGGGGAAACCGUCACACCCCCGUUGAAUAUGGUGGAUGACAUAUUACUGUAAUACUGCUACUGAGUACUAUUUGAGCGAUAGCUAGCGAGUUCAUUUUUGAAAACACAAAGUAACAUUAUGACGAUGAUACCUACAAAAGAUUGCGGGAUAUUUUUACAGCAUUCGAGAUAUAAAUAUGACAUUUUUGGACUUUCAUAAUUUCAGGAUGACUAUUUUUCUACCGAGACCCCUUCCUUCGCGGGGCCAUAAGCACGCAUACGCAAAAUCUUCUAUGUCCACCCUCGAUGCAUACGUACUAAAUAGAUGGCCCCCAUAUUAAAUCGCCUCUCCCACGCCUGUAUGGAGUUGGGACUUUCUAAAUGUUAUCAUGGGGUAACGUCGCUAAAAGGAGCUGAGAACCUCUGCAGUAUUGGAUUUUGACGCGCUGAAGCUCUGAGAAAAUCGCUCUUGCUCUUGUUUCACAAUGCCACAUUUGACCUACAUGCGGAGAUCCACAAUGCCACAUUUGCCCUACAUGCGGAGAUACACAAUGCUACAGUUGACCUACAUGCUGAGAUGCACAAUGCCACAGUUGACCUACAUGUGGAGAUACACAAUGCCACAGUUGACCUACAUGUGGAGAUACACAAUGCCACAUUUGACCUACAUGUGGAGAUACACAAUGCCACAGUUGACCUACAUGCGGAGAUGCACAAUGCCACAGUUGACCUACAUGCGGAGGUGCACGGUGCCACAGCUUACCUACAUGUAUGCGGAGACGUGGAGCUGUCCUGCUAACUGGUGCGAUUAUGGACUAUUUGCUCUGCUCUAGGUGUUAAACACACAUACUCUUUUCUUGAAGUUUGACACACAUACACUGACUGAUGUUUAAACACAUUCGCUGUGCUAGAUGUUUAACACAUACUCUGCUUGGUGUUUAAAUACUACUCUUUGCUAUAGAUGCCUUUAACACACAUACCCUGUGUUUGAUGUUAGAAGAACUCUGAUUGCUGUUUGACGCAAAUUCUGUGCUUCGUCUUUGACACUGUCAUACUCUCAAUCAUGACUCACUUUUCUCUUUUAAUAGCUCUAGUGGGGUGUUAUUUCACACAUCUCUUUUGUUAGUGGGGUGUCAUUUCACUUUUCUCUUUUGUUAGUGGGGUGUCAUUUCACUUUUCUUUUUUUGGUAGCUCCGGUGGGGUGUCAUUUCAAUUUUCUCUUUUGGUAUUCUUCAUUUCAAUUUUCUCUGGUAGGUUAGUCAUUUCCCUCUUGUCUUUGGUAGCUCUGUUUCGGUGUCAUUUCUCUUUUCUCGUUGGUAGCUAUUGCUUAGUGACAUUUAACUCGUCUCUUUGUUUGCUCUGUCAUUUCACUUUCCAUUAAUGGUAACUCUUGCGUCACUGUGCAAUCCUAUAGCCUAGAGCCAGAGACAGAAAUCAGAAUCCACAGACAAAUAGAUUAAAAUCGAUGAACCGCAGGCACCACGCCUUCAUAUUUUACACGGAUUGAUCCUCCUCAAAUCACUGUGUUUCUGUUAUCCCUUUCCAACCCUUCAUAUUUACCAAGGAUUGUGCUACCUCAUAUCGCCGUGUUUUUUCGUACCCCCCACCCAACUCUUCAUAGUUACCAUGUAUUGUUCUAACUCAAAUCACUGCGUUUCUGUACUCACCCUCCCUAACCCUUCAUAGUUACCAUGGAUUGUUCUAUCUCAUAUCGCCGUGUUUCUGUACUCACCCUCCCUAACCCUUCUUAGUUACCAUGGAUUGUUCUACCUCAUAUCGCCGUGUUUCUGUAUUCCCCUCCUAGCCCUUCAUAUUUAACAUAGAUUUUUCCUCCUUAACUGUUUAUGUACAGUACAGUCUGUAUAUGAACCCGCUCCUGACCACCCCAUUUUUGUUUAGUCUUUAAAUGUAGGUCUGCGCAACGAUGUUGAAAAUAAUAAGAUCUGAACGUAGUUAAACACUAUAUAACAAUUACUGACAUUAAUCACUCUGAACAUUAAAAUCGAACAACCUUAUCGAACAUUUGUGAGUAAAUACAGAUUCAAGAAUGCCCAAUUAACAGAACUAUAUAACUAUUUUUAAGACUAAAUGUUAGUAAAAAUUGUAACAGUCAUAUUACAAAGCUCAUGUGUUAUGUGUCUGACAGACAUGAAAGUCCCCCAAAAGCUCGUCGGAUUAGUUUGCCUUUUUUUGAUUUUGGAAAAAGUUACUGGCAGUUCAGAAAUGGAUUUCUGUUCAGAAAUGGAUUUCUUUCUGUUGACUAUUCUUAAUAAUGCAUUUUAAGUCAAGUCUGGAUCUGUCCCAAACAAUCGUGAAAUAUCUUAAUACAGUGUUUAUAUUAAUGAAACCAGGACCGUCGCAUGGGGCCUGCGACCAUUGCAGAAUAUAUGAAAGGCGCACGGUUGUGAAGGGGAAACACAUUUAAGCUAUCGAGUUUGAAUGCAGGGGGGCAGGGCCGUGCCGAGAUGUAGUUGUCCCUGGCGUCUACAUCACAGGGCGUCAAAAUCGUCCAUUAUCUAUUUAUAGGAAAUUUUAUAUUAGUGAGGGGAGAUAAAACUCACGGAAAGGCUUUGGAUUAAGUCAAUCUCCCUGACAGAUCUAAUUGGUUACUACAACCAACACCCCACAGUUCUCUGCCCACCAAGACAUCCAAUUUUGAGUUCCAUUGACGUGUUACAUUUUAGGUUUUCAAAUAAUCGCACCGUGUGUCUUGGUGCUGGCCCUAAAAUAACACUGGAUUGGCUACCACGCUAAACCAUGACCUUUGGUAACCCUGCUUCCGACAGCGGCGUUAACAAGCCACUUUCUCUUGUCAGCCGAGUCUGGCCGUUACUGCAGUGGUUCUCGUUGGGUAGUGGAUCACGUGCUGAUAGCUCCCUAUCCCCGAGUGAUUCAUUAUGACAUGGCGGAGGACUGGGAAGACACACAAAUAAAAUUUUUGCAUAAAAACCCUCGGUGUAAGGUAGCGAAAUGAAUUGCCUUAUUUGUUUAAUUCGUUUAUUUAAAAAUAAAAUAUUUUUUCUUCCAUAAUAGAUGCUACAUUUUGUCACAACUCUCAGUCUUGUAUACAGAAAGCCUAAGCAAAUAAAACUGCUAUGCGGCAAUGAAGCACUAUUAUAAGUCAACACGUUAGUUUUCAUUAUUACUUUAUAAUAAUAGAAAUCUUAAUUGAAUUCAAAUACAAUUUCUAAGUUCAAAAAAAAAAAAAAAAAAAGCAAACAAACAGCAACAUGAGUUUGUCAUUUUAAAUAAUAGAAAUCUAAAUUGAAUUCAAAUACAAUUUCUAAGUUCAAAAAAAAAAAAAAAAAAGCAAACAAACAGCAACAUGAGUUUGUCAUUUUUAAAAAUCACUUAGGUUUGUUAUUCUUAGUUUCUUUUGAUGUUUUGAAGUCAAAACUUAACAACUGCCAAUAACCAUAGUCUCGAGCUUAAACGAAUAUAAGAUUUGCUUUGUCUGCGAAACAUGCGGCCGAAAUUGCACAUAACCUGACAACCACUUCAUCCAAGCUUACCUCGCCACAUGGAUCUGUUUAACUGGAAACUUUCCUACACGACCGUUACCGUUGAAAUAAUUAUAUUUACUUAAGUGAUGGGAGUAACGGUGGUUUUUGCCUUCAGCGCUGAUUUGAACUUAAGAUUGAGAACAAUGUAUGCUCGAAGAAACGUUAGUGGGGAGGUGGGGGGGGGUGGAUUAUUUUUGUCUUCUUACAAAGCUCAUGUGUCUGACAGACCUGAACAUCCUCAAAAAGCUCGCCUGAUCAGUUUGUCUUCAGUAGCACUUUUUAAAAUGACUCUUUUGCUAGUCUCUCGUCUGAGGCGGGCCUCGUGAGUACAUUUUGAGACUCGUGAAAAUAUCUAAAUGUUACAUCAUCGCAGCGAGGAACUUCGUUAAUAAAAGGUAGUCUUUAAAAGUCAAUACAUUAUAGAUGUAAUUUAAUAUUAAACAAUGAAUUCUUUAAAAGUCAAUACAGUAUAUGCCGGUAUGCAAUGCCGGUAUGCAAUUUAAUGUUUAACAUAGUAGCCUUUAAAAGUCAAUACAUUAUAUCCGGGUAUGUAAUUUAAUGUUCGAAAUAGUAGUCUUUAAAUGUCAAUUUAUUAUAAUUGUAUUUUAAUUUUAAACAUUAUAGCACUCUUUAGAAGUUAAUAGAUUAUAUGACCGGCCUGCAAACAUACGGUAUAUGACCGGCCUGCACACAUACGGCUUGCGGGCCGCAUGCUACCCGCCAGCACCGCCUUACGGCCCGCGAUACGAAAUAUCAUUUAAUUUUAUUAUUUUCUUAAUAGCCCCCCCCCCCCUUUUUAUCUUUCGGCCCGCACACUUUUUCAUAACGGCCCUCCUUACAUUUUAAGUUGUGCAGGCCUGAUAGUUGUAAUUGAAUAUUAAUCACAGCAGUCUUUAAAAGUCAAUAUGUUAUAUGUGUAAUUUAAUGUUAAACAUAACAGUCUUUGAAAGCUAAUACAUUGUAUAUUUAAUGUACAGUCUAUCAGCUAUUAUUUAAAAGUAAGCAUUAGCCUAACUUAAAGUUGGACUGCCUCGUCCUAAGUCAUUAAUAAAAAGAUUUUUUUAAAAAAACAACAACGAAAGAGACAGAAGAAAACAAGACAAAACCGAAGCUGUUGUGGCCACUGAUAGUUUUAUGAACAGGAUUGUAUGACAUUAGUCUCAUGAUAGUUUUAUGAACAGGAUUGUAUGACAUUAGUCUCAGUUCAUUGAAAGCCAUUCAUCCAACAGUCUCAGUCCAUUGAAAGCCAUGCAUCCAAUAGUAUCAGUCCAUUGAAAGCCAUUCAUCCAAUAGUCUCAGUUCAUUAAAAGCCAUUCAUCCAAUAGUCUCAGUCCAUUGAAAGCCAUUCAUCCAAUAGUCUCAAGCCGAAGCUGUUGUGGCCACUGAUAGUUUUAUGAACAGGAUUGUAUGACAUUAGUCUCAUGAUAGUUUUAUGAACAGGAUUGUAUGACAUUAGUCUCAGUUCAUUGAAAGCCAUUCAUCCAAUAGUAUCAGUCCAUUGAAAGCCAUUCAUCCAAUAGUCUCAGUUCAUUAAAAGCCAUUCAUCCAAUAGUCUCAGUCCAUUGAAAGCCAUUCAUCCAAUAGUCUCAGUUCAUUGAAAGCCAUUCAUCCUAUAGUCUCAGUCCAUUGAAAGCCAUGCAUCCAAUAGUCUUAAUCCAUUGAAAGCCAUUCAUCCAAUAGUCUCAGUUCAUUGAAAGCCAUUCAUCCAAUAGUCUCAUUUCAUUGAAAGCCAUUCAUCCAAUAGUCUCAGUUCAUUGAAAGCCAUGCAUCCAAUAGUCUCAGUCCAUUGAAAGCCAUUCAUCCAAUAGUCUGAAUUCAUUGUAAGCGAUUUAGCUAAUAAUCUCGGUUCAUUGUAAACGAGGCAGUCAUUCGUCUUGGUUCAUGUAAGCUAGCCAGCCAUUGGUCUCAGUUUUGGUAACGCGUCUACCAAUGGUCUAGGUGCAAUAUGAGUGGGUCAGCCAUAAGUCUCAGAUCAUGUAACCGAGUCUAUCCCCAAAGAACGAGGACGUUAAACAUAACCCAAUUACCCGUAUCAUAUAGUCCUCUAAAGAUUCCGGGGACUGAACAAAUGAGGUCAUUCUGGUUAGUCUUUGGUCAAUCUGCGUCUGAACAUGUUUGGAAGUAUAGCGCUGCAAUGCUAGAUUCAGUUGUUGUGUUAUGUGAACGUUUAUGUUGUGUAGUAGGGUGUAGUUGGCCAUGGGGAAAUUCUUGUUUUACAUAUGUGGUUAACACGUUAUUUAUUUGUCUCGCUUUUGGGAGUUUUAUCAUUGACUCAGUCAUGUGGAUUUAAACAUAGUUGUAAUGAGGAUCGUAAGAAAAGUAGAUCUAGUGAGGAUCGUAAGAAACAUAGAUCUAAUGAGGAUCGUAAGAAACAUAGAUCUAAUGAGGAUCGUAAGAAACAUAGAUCUAAUGAGGAUCGUAAGAAAAGUAGAUCUAGUGAGGAUCGUAAGAAACAUAGAUCUAAUGAGGAUCGUAAGAAACAUAGAUCUAAUGAGGAUCGUAAGAAACAUAGAUCUAAUGAGGAUCGUAAGAAACAUAGAUCUAAUGAGGAUCGAGAAACAUAGAUCUAAUGAGGAUCGUAAGAAACAUAGAUCUAAUGAGGAUCGUAAGAAACAUAGAUCUAAUGAGGAUCGUAAGAAACGUAGAUCUAAUGAGGAUCGUAAGAAACGAAGAUCUAAUGAGGAUCGUUAGAAACGUAGAUCUAAUGAGGAUCGUAAGAAACAUAGAUCUAAUGAGGAUCGUUAGAAACAUAGAUCUAAUGAGGAUCGUAAGAAACAUAGAUCUAAUGAGGAUCGUAAGAAACUGGCCUUUCAAACUCACUUAAUACUAAAAGUUGUACUUAAUUAUUAAACAAUUCUAAAGCCAUCUAACACCAAGUUUCAGAUAUCGGCACGCAUAUAUUCGUCUUUGUACCAAUGGGACUUCCCGCUUUCCUGACUCAAUACUGAUAAUAUGUUUACGUGUGCAUGGCUCAGCAUUGACGAGACAGUAGAUAACCUAUAUGAACAAAACUACAGUCGCAACUUGGAUACAGUAAAUAGCCGAGUUGCGAAGCCAGUAGGAGAAUGGGGACGCAGCUGCUACCUCAGAUCCAAUUAGAUACGAUUGUGCUUUUAUUUCCGAAGAAGAAGAAGAAAAGGUGCGUGGAAAAAAAUAGGCCCGUUGAUUUCAAAACUUGGCUACGCCUCGGGUUAACCGGGUCUUCCAUCAUUCACGACAUAGAGCUAAUCAAACAGUUAAGUUUAUUUUUAGAAAUGUGUUUGAACAAUGUAGAUGUCUUGGUUAUUUUUGGUGGCAUUUCUGAAGCUCAAAAACUAAAAACUGAGUCGGCGAUAUUGCACCAAUAGGCCACAUCGGGAUUGUUAUCUCUGAGCACACUCUUUUUAAAGAUAGAAACGUUUUGUCUGGAUGUAUCGAUUGUUACCUCCCCGACCUACAGCCCAUUUCUACGGCACUUUUACAAAAUGUGUUUCCUCCAUUGUCAUUUCUUGAGUGUUAGCGAAGCUCAGGGCGGAUAACAAAUUAAAACAUCUGAAAGAGGUGGUUGUGUGGCGUAUACAAGUGUACCUCGGUGGUGGGUCGGGGAUAGUUUUGUACCGAGGAUAGAGGUCCGGAGAUAGUUUGGUACCGAGGUUAGAGGUCCGGAGAUAGUUUGGUACCGAGGUUAGAGGGUCGGAGAUAGUUUGGUACCGAGGAUAGAGGGUGGGAGAUAGUUUGGUACCGAGGAUAGAGGGUGGGAGAUAGUUUGGUACCGAGGUUAGAGGUCUGGAGAUAGUUUGGUACCGAGGUUAGAGGUCAGGAGAUAGUUUGGUACCGAGGUUAGAGGGUCGGAGAUAGUUUGGUACCGAGGUUAGAGGUCUGGAGAUAGUUUGGUACCGAGGUUAGAGGGUCGGAGAUAGUUUGGUACCGAGGUUAGAGGGUGGGAGAUAGUUUGGUACCGAGGUUAGAGGUCUGGAGAUAGUUUGGUACCGAGGUUAGAGGUCCGGAGAUAGUUUGGUACCGAGGUUAGAGGUCUGGAGAUAGUUUGGUACCGAGGUUAGAGGUCCGGAGAUAGUUUGGUACCGAGGUUAGAGGUCCGGAGAUAGUUUGGUACCGAGGUUAGAGGUCCGGAGAUAGUUUGGUACCGAGGUUAGAGGGUCGGAGAUAGUUUGGUACCGAGGAUAGAGGGUGGGAGAUAGUUUGGUACCGAGGUUAGAGGUCUGGAGAUAGUUUGGUACCGAGGUUAGAGGUCAGGCGGAGAUAGUUUGGUACCGAGGUUAGAGGGUCGGAGAUAGUUUGGUACCGAGGAUAGAGGGUGGGAGAUAGUUUGGUACCGAGGUUAGAGGUCUGGAGAUAGUUUGGUACCGAGGUUAGAGGUCAGGAGAUAGUUUGGUACCGAGGAUAGAGGUCUGGAGAUAGUUUUGUACCGAGGUUAGAGGUCUGGUGAUAGUUUUGUACCGAUGAUUGAGGUCUGGAGAUAGUUUGGUACCGAGGUUAGAGGUCUGGAGAUAGUUUUGUACCGAGGAUAGAGGUCUGGAGAUAGUUUGGUACCGAGGUUAGAGGUCUGGAGAUAGUUUGGUACCGAGGAUAGAGGGUGGGAGAUAGUUUGGUACCGAGGAUAGAGGUCUGGAGAUAGUUUUGUACCGAGGUUAGAGGUCUGGAGAUAGUUUGGUACCGAGGAUAGAGGGUGGGAGAUAGUUUGGUACCGAGGUUAGAGGUCUGGAGAUAGUUUUGUACCGAGGAUAGAGGUCUGGAGAUAGUUUGGUACCGAGGUUAGAGGUCUGGAGAUAGUUUUGUACCGAGGAUAGAGGUCUGGAGAUAGUUUGGUACCGAGGAUAGAGGGCGGAGAUAGUUUGGUACCGAGGAUAGAGGUCUGGAGAUAGUUUGGUACCGAGGAUAGAGGGCGGAGAUAGUUUUUACCCAAUAUGGUGGGCAAAAGAAAAGCGAUCAGUUGGGCGGAGAGCCGGGAAACUUAUUUUCAAUAUUGCAUCGGUCAUAAGGGCGCUGUGUCUGCUGAUAUUGCAGGUGUCAGUAUUCGAUGAUUGGUCACCACUGCGAGGGCCUGUUUAUGGUCAUAUACAUACAAUUACUCGGCCCGUAUGUAAUUAAAUAUGUGCAUUUUACUUCUCUCCUAGUAGUGGAACUCGGUAUACUAUUCAAUAUCCCACAUCACCGAGCCGUAACGCCGCAUCUGAUUGAAGCAUUAGUCCCACAUUCAUGAUGGCUUCUGAGCUAAUGUUGGUCCUUGGCUUUUCUAAAGUUCUCAUUGUUUCCCUUUCCCGGUCGUAUCUUAUUGUCAUUAUUCCGGCUUGGCUCAAAGAUUAACGAUUGUUUAUGACUCUUGUGAUGUGUUCUGUGGUUGGCUGUGAGUGCACGCAGAAGAAAUAGACAACCCACUCGUUGUGGUUGCUGCCUGUUUCUCCACAGCUCGAGAAAAGUUAUCUGUGUCAAUGUUUUAAACUGCUGCAGUUUGAUGGGAGAACGAUUUGCCCUCCUCCGCUGCCAGUGACGUGUGACAACUUACAGUUGAGGCAAGGGAAUGAAGGAAAAAGCAUUUCUUAGUUUGGCCCGGUCUCUAAGCCACUCCACAGAUCUUGUAGCAAUCUACAGAACACUUAAUACUUGCACCACUCAAUUAUUACGCACGUAUUUUGCCAAUCAAUAGGAGAUGACUAAGAUAUCUUCACGAGAAGGUUCUCAAAUAAAUUGUCAAUAUUGUGAGAGUAUGAUAACAAUGGGCAUUGUACUUUUUCGUCAAUGUAUAGCAUUUCGAGUUUUCUUCCUUUAUCGUUAAAAUAAACUUAGCUUCUAGAAAUUAAUUUGCAGUCAUUUGUUUGUGUGAAUCACCACUGACCGGUGUAUGUCGGCAGAUGGCCCCGUCCCCGAUCGCCCCCUCUCCAAUGGCCCCGUCCCCGAUCGCCCCCUCUCCAAUGGCCCCCUUCCUCCCGAUCGCCGCCUUCCCCUCCCGAUCGCCCCCUUCCCUCAUUUUUCUCUAAACAUGUAUCCCGUCGUGCUUUCACUCCCCCACUACCAUUAUCACCAAAUUUUCGCUGUAUGUUGGUUGUCUUAAUAAGCUCUUUAGACUAUACGUCUAGAUUAGACGGUGUAUGACUGGAGUCUGGUCUGCAAGAUGUCUUAUAAUCAACUAUAAAAAAACAAAAACAAAAAAAAACAAGUAUUCCUUCUUUGCAUCUAUGGCAUUACAAUUUCAGCUGAUUAAAAUAUUAUCAGCAUUCAAGUAAAAGCUGUUUUAAAACUACAAUUUGUUAACACUAUUCUAACUUAGAUGUGCUAUUUAACUAAAAUGUUAUGAUGACGAAGCAUUUCUUACACGGAGGUUGGCGCUUUAACCAUUUUGAGUUGAUCGUUGGACAAUGCAAUAUUUGUUAUGACAGAGUUCAGAUAUUGACCGCAGAUCUUAGAUUUAAAUCCUUGAGUACUGAGACUUGCAAUGUCGACUUUAUAUACUACCUUAAUAAGCGCAUCAUGUAUUAAUAGUUGACAAACUUACUAAGCUCACUUUUGUUCUUGUUUCCACAGGAGCUAGAGAACGAUUUUGAUCAGUGCGCUGUUUGCAUAGAGCCGUACAAGGCUCAUGACGUCAUACGGAGUUUACCUUGUCGGUAAGUGCUUUGUCUAUUGGACUCGGAGAUCACGUGACUCCUCGGAGAUCACGUGACUCCGUGUGUUUUUUUUUUCUAUAUAUUAAGGGCCCACGUUCAAUUUAUUGAUCAUUUUUCGCUCCUAUUGGUUGGUUGGUUUCAUUAGGAAAUCUUUGUCCAAAAGUAGGGCCACUUUUUUUUUUUUUUUUUAGCAUUUAUUCAUUUGUGUCAGGAAGUCUUGUCAGCUUCCAAAUCGUACAUGUCACAGUUGUAAGGCUGCUUUCGAUUAAUGAAGAUGAAAAUAAACGGUAAACUUUAUUUUUUUUUUUCUUUUUUUUAAGGGCCCACGUUCAAUUUAUUGAUUAUUUUUCGCUCUUAUUGGUUGGUUGGUUUCUUUUGUUAAUCUUUGUCCAAAAGUAGGGCCACUUUUUUUUUUUUUUUUUAGCAUAUAUUCAUAUGUGUCAGGAAUGCUUGUCAGCUUCCAAAUCGUACAUGUCACAGUUGUAAGGCUGCUUUCGAUUAAUGAAGAUGAAGAUAAACGGUACACUUUGUGUACACACAUAAUUUUAUGAUCCUAGUCAAUCACCUCGGGGCUGGCAUUGUAGCGACCCAUCUAAUCCUCCGCCAUGUCGAGAUGUAUAGCUAAGAACUUAAUCAAAUAAAACAUGGACGAUAUGACGAGUAGACAGCCCUUACUUACAGAACCAUUUGCAGACCUGUUUACCCCUACGCUUUCGCCGAAGUAACUACUUUUUUAAGUCUAACCCUACGGCACUACGACCAGCCGUAAAAACGUAGUUUUUUUUUUCCUUCAUGUGUUUGGUUCAUUUAUUUAUUUUUUUUUUUUUAAUUAAAAAUUUGGCCAUUUUUCAUUUUAAUUAUAAAGUGACCGCAUUUUGUUGGGUUAACACCGUAAGCAAUGGAAUACAAACAAAAGUGAUUGGCCUUUGCAAUCUCGAUCUCAAUGAAUCAACCAUAAUAGUGUUCUUUUAGAAGGUGCCCUCAUUGUUAAGGGGUCAUCCAUUUAGUAAGCACGCACUGAGGGGGGAGCCAGGUUUGUCGAUUUUGGAGAUUAGGCCUACGCGUGAGUGUGGCCCCCGAGGGGGGGCGUCUCUCCAAAAAGUACGUACGUUUGUUAAAAAUUCUACAAAAAUCAUCCUGAAAUUUUGACAGUCAAAUAUAGCAUAUUUAUAUCUCGAAUGCUGUAAAUAUAUCACGCGAUGUUUUGUUUGAAUUACGUCAUAAUAUUGCCUUGUGUUUUCACAAAUGAACUCGCCAGAUAUCGCUCAAAUAGUACUCAAUACUAGCAGUAUUACAGUACUAUGUCGCCCAUCGAAUGUUCAACGUGAGUGUGACAAAAUCAUAUCUCCCCUGGCGUGGUCCUCAAAUUUGUUGAUUCCCGGCGCCUGUGCCAAAUUUAGGUUUUUCGCCAAACUGUUACUGAUCCCCUUACUUCCGCACUUGGUUGGCUCAGUCAUCCGCCACCGCACAGGCCUGUUUUAGUAUGUCUACCAUAUUAAUACUGGUAUAAAUAGGAUACUAAGUCUACAUGGUCUAGUGUUAAUAAAACAAUGACCAACACUACCUUUAAAGACUGGUGAUGGUUAGGAGAGCAACCAAGGUUGACCAUGUGCCAUCUGAAUGCUAGAAUGUUUAAGAAAAGCCAGACAUCUUUAUCACCCACCGCAGGUGUCCACGUCUGGAAAAUCUCAGUCAAGCUCUCAAUGUGUGUCCAAAUAUGAAACCCUGAUUACAGAGAUUCCUCGCAAGAAAAAAACACAGACUCUAUGACUAAAUGAAUAUUCUAGUAUCCCACAGAGACUAGAAACAUGUCUAAACUUUUUCUUCAAUACCAAGCACAGAAACAUCGCGAAUCCCCUCAACAUAAAUAGAAGCCAGAAUGAUCAAUACAUUGAUCGUGGGCCCUUACGACAUAGAUGAAAUUGAAGUUAAAAAAAAUUCUUUAAGUAAACUGAUAAAAAUUGUGCCCUAUUGCUAUGAAAUUUAAUAAAUAUAUAAUUGUAUGCACCUUUAUUGGUUAAUAUUGUUUUUGCGUUUCAAUAUUGAUUUUAAUUUUACAAAUUCAUACUUGUUUUCAUAUUGUCUAAAAAAAACGUGUGUUGCAAUAGUCUUGAGUUUUAGCUCACAUAUGCCUAUCGGUCAAGCGAGUAUGUGCAGUGAGUGCCUUUUGUGCUUGCCUAAAACCUUUUGUCAUCUUUAAGAAAAUAAUCAGAUGACUUUUUCAUGUAUAUUAAUUUGUGUUAACUUAUAUAAGCAGUUGAGUGGAUUUCCUGACCCAACUUGUAUUUUGAUUGGUAACACACACCCCCCCCCCUUUUUUUUUUAUUUUUUCCCCCUCUCUCGCUAAUAUACAAAAACUUCUUUUUGGAGCUUGAAACUACGUUUUUUAGAGCUACUCUGACACGAACUCAGGGGUAAACUGNUUUGUCAUCUUUUAGAAAAUAAUCAUAUGACUUUUUUAUGUUUAUUUAUUUGUGUUAACUUAUUUAAGCAGUUGAGUUGAUUUCCUUACCCAACUUUUAUUUUUAUUUGUAACACACACCCCCCCCCCCUUUUUUUUUUAUUUUUUCCCCCUCUCUCGCUAAUAUACAAAAACUUCUUUUUGGAGCUUGAAACUACGUUUUUUAGAGCUACUCUGACACGAACUCAGGGGUAAACUGGUCUGCAUUUGGCAUAUCUCCUCUGGGUGGGAGUACUCAAUCUGAAAUUCAAACAUUCAGCUCAAUGUUGUGUUACCUCAAACCUAAUCGCCCCAAGCGUAACAAAUGUUUCAAAAUUAUGGAUUAUAGCAAACAAAAAGCUUAUGUAUAUGAGAAUACACAGGGGGGGGGGAGGUGGCACGGGGCUGUGACGAAGAGAAAUGAGAUUAUCUGGUGCAUUGGUAUUGAUCUCCCUUGCCUAGAUAUUGAGUCUUGACAUGUAGCACUCGUUUUUUUUCCCCCUCUAUCCUUGUGCUGGAGUAGCUCUCCCUUUUGUGUGGGUCUUAGUUGGAUUAGAUUUCACACUCAGCGCUGUGGACGAAGGACUUUUAUCAUUUGCAUACGUUUUGGGCACGGCGUGAUCUUAUCGUUGCGUCAUUGAUGGAGCAGAGUCACGGAUGAAACUAGCGACACCUUGUUUUGAAAAAAGUUAUAUAAAGUUCACCCCAGCCAGCCAAACCCGGAUUCAAAGGCUUCAGCUACAAACUACGUUUACGAUCAUGUAUGAUAUAACAUGAUCUGAUAUAUAUUAUAUAUAUGACGAUUUAUAUGAUAUAAAGAGUUAAUGAUCGCAUAGAAAAGGAUAACUUAUCCCAGGAGCUCCCAAACUUUCUCUAGUCACGGCGCCGUUGCUGGAUCCAUGUUCCACCCCCCCCCCUCCCUUUUCCCCGCCCCCAUUAUAUGAUAUAAAGAGUUAAUGAGCGCAUAGAAAAGGAUAACCUAUCCACGGAGCUCCCAAACUUUCUCUAGUCACGGCGCCGUUGCUGGAUCCAUGUUCCCCCCCCCCCCCCUACCUUUUCCACGCCCCCUGUACCAAAUUCCAACAAGAGCACUGCGAAAUAGCGACUAUAUUUCCCUUUGUUUAGCGCGGGAUCGGCCGGCACGUGAAAUAUUGCGGAGCGCGGAUGCCUCCUACUCCUAUAUCACAAAUACACGUAUUCGUCCUUCAUUUAAUUAACCUAGAAAUAGAAUUUUAGACUGUUAACUGAGAGAAUAAAUACAGAAUAUGUAAAUAAUCCUUUGCGGCAUCUAGCUGGAGAUGUUAAUAGUAGUUAAAGCUCGCCAAACAAUGGCGGCGGCAAUGCAUAAACUUCCCAUCUGCUUAAGAUACUUGACAAAACAUACACUCAGAGAACAACAGGAGCGAACAUGAUCUUACUAUUGAAAUACAUAUUCAGAAGAAAUGUUUAUUGUUAUUGCACUGCGUUACAUAUAUGCCCCACAAGCUACCUUUAGACUGUCGUUUUUUUAAACCGAUGCACUUUUUGCCUGUAUUGAUUUUAUUCUCAUGCAGCAAAUAACUAAAUACCAGCAGCUUUAACCCCGCUUCCUUACCUAACAUUGUUUGACAUUAUUUCCUCAGUGUGCAUAUUUUUACACUAGGGAAUAAAACCUGUGGCAUCUGUCGUUCCCUCGAUUUCACAAUAACACGUUUACUUAACUCCCCGCCCGAUGCGAUAUUGAUCUUGCUUUCCUCCAAGAGCACGGGCUCCCUAAGCUGCUCCCUGCUCCCACAAAACAUGGACCCCCCUCGCUAUUGUCCUUAUCAAAAACGUGUCCUAAUCGGCUUUAAUGGCUAGCGUUGAUCAAACUUGUGUCCUCCUCGGCGGCCCAGUGUUUCCUGGUCUUGUCUUUUGAGCCAUGUUCCAUUGGCCAUUCCAGACCUUCAAGGGGCCCCUGUGAUCCGACCGCGUUAGAGUUUCGAUGUUGAUGGUGCAUGAAAACUGGCUCAUGCUUGGAACGAACAUUUGAAACGCUUUGAUUAGUGAGAUUCUUUGAUACUGUUAUAGUGGCCUGCAUCACUGGUUAACUCUUUUUUCCCCCUCCAUCCGUGCUUCUAAAAACAUUUCAUUUCACAAAGCCAGGGUCUUAUGUUUUUAUGGAGAUCCCAUUCAGGAGAUUUCUCCACUUCUCCCACCCUCCUUUUUAUCGACUAUGCUCACGGAGCUGCAACUGGUGAACCUAGGGACAAAUCAAAUGGAGUUACACAAUUGUUUUUAUUGUUCUUUGUUUUUUGUUAUUAGUAUUAUUAUUAUUUUUUUUUGUUGAGUAUCCAAUGAUAAAAUGUGUAUCAAUCGGCAUCCUCGUCGCCAUUUUGUGCAGGCUUCGUCACUGAGCGAUGUCAUCGUUAUAUUUCCCAGUGUCCUCCCCCCUCCCCCUUAUUCCACCUCACUAGAAAGUGCUCAUUUCCUACCCACAUUCAGUACAGGAAAUUACAACUACACCCCCUUCACCCGUUCUUUCUUCUCCUUUUCCCUAACAUAAAUGAGCAGUGAUUGAUUCCUGACCUUGGAGUUAGUGUUCAUUUUUUUUUUUUUUUUACAUCCAGGCGUUGUUCAGCAUGACCAACUUCCUCUAUGUGACACCCCUGUCCACAGCCCCGCCCUAUGUUCUUUCUUACUCUACUGUCUCAGACACCACCCCGUGUUGUCUCUGACUCUCCGGUCUGUACAAGCCACCAUAUGUUGUUGUCUCUGACUCCCAAGACUAUACAACCCGUCAUAUGUUGUCUCUGACUUUCACAACCCUGCCAUAUAUUGUCUCUGACGCUCCUGUCUAUACAACCCGUCAUAUGCUGCCUCUGACUCCGCUGGCCGCAAUUCUAUGCAUUUAGUCUGUGUCAAUCUGCUGUCUACAAGUCGUUCUCUGCGCCCAUGGAAUGUUAGUGAGGACAAAACUCAUCAUAUCGUUAUUUUCAGGACGAAGGUGGUCUUGUUGAACAUCAGUAAUUAAUCUGACCGUUACAUCUUUAUCAACCAGAAUCCAUUAACAAAAAUUAAGACCUUCGGACCGAUCGCCGUCGGGCUAGAGAUUUCUUUAUUAAAUGAAGCUAACAUUGUUAAAGCGAGGCUGGGAAAGCCCGGGGUCUCCGUUACAUGACUUGCGAGAAAAACAAACGCUGUGGCGCCCGUUAAGACAUCCGAGUGACAUAGAAGAAAAAGAAUGACCCCCUGACCUGCUUAGUCCCACAACCGAACCCGGUAGUUGUGCUCACUCUGAUUCGAUUAGCGUUCACUCCCACGCAUCGUUCGUGUUGAAACGGUGUACUCUUGCUUCACAUAGUCUGGCCGUGGUUCAAAUAGGCUGGUCGUGGUUCAGAUAGGCUGGCCGUGGUUCAAAUAGGCUGGCCGUGGUUCAGAUAGCCUGGCCGUGGUUCAGAUAGGCUGGCCGUGGUUCACACAGGCUGGCCGUGGUUGAGAUAGGCUGGCAGUUGUUCACAUAGGCUGGCCGUGGUUCAAAUAGGCUGGCCGUGGUUCAAAUAGCCUGGCCGUGAUUCAGAUAGGCUGGCAUCACAUAGUCUGGCCGUGGUUCAAAUAGGCUGGUCGUGGUUCAGAUAGGCUGGCCGUGGUUCAAAUAGGCUGGCCGUGGUUCAGAUAGCCUGGCCGUGGUUCAGAUAGGCUGGCCGUGGUUCACAUAGGCUGGCCGUGGUUGAGAUAGGCUGGCAGUUGUUCACAUAGGCUGGCCGUGGUUCAAAUAAACUGGCCGUGGUUCAAAUAGGCUGGCCGUGAUUCAAAUUGGCUAGCUGCGAUACUAAGGUACUUCCAGACACGUUGAAAUUGUGCGGACCAUUGAAAUCGAUUGACGCGGAUAAGGGUGAGAGUUACUGUCAGCAAUACGACAUAUUAGUGCUAACGACUGCUAACUCUUGCCAGACCACCUUCAACCUAAUAGCUGACUGCAACACGCUUGUAGUAUGUCGUUGAAUAUCAAGCAUGUGCCCGUUCACGUGAAUGAGGUAGUAUAAACUAGACUAUAGAUCAGGCCUCCAAAACUCAAAAUGUAAGGCGGGCCGUAAUACUUUAUGAAAAAACUUGUGCGGGCCAAAAGAAAAUAGUUCAGGGGGAAAGCUAUUAAGAAAAUAAUUAUAAUAAAGAAUAUUUCGUUACUUCGCGGGCCGCUAAGUGGGUGCUGGCGGGCCCCAUGUGGCCCGCGGGUCGUAUUUUGUGCAGGCGUGCUAUAGAUUGUUGAUAGGUAAUAGAAAAGACAUACUCACGUACGCAGGUAUGUGACAUAUCUCGCCGCGUUAUUACCACACAAAAGUGAAUAAUUUUAUGUAUAAUUUUUAAGUGUGUGGCCUUUAUUUCUGUCUUAUUACUUCAUAAAUGUAAAAUCUUUACGUCUUUUUCUUCUUUCAUAAUAUUUGACAGGUUCUUGGCAAAAAAAACCUAAGAAAAUGUUUUAAAAAAUAAAACCUAUUGUUGUGAACUAAGGGCUGUGUUGGUGAGACAGCUGUUGACAGGCAUUUGCAAGGUUCACUUAUCAUAGCUUAGUGAUAGAUUGAAUGCCGUUUGAUUAUUAUUGAAUUUUUAACUCUCAAAAUCAUCAGGAUCAUUAUCUUUUGCGCGUUUUCUCACGUAUUCUAUACUAUAUAGCUGUGACAUUGGAAGCAUAGUAUUAUAUUUAUCAAUAAUUAGUCCAUAAAAACCCAGUGUAACAUGGGGGGUUGGCCGUUAACGUAGACUGUGUCUAGUCUGUGUUAGGUUGAUGGUCAUCAACAGCACACACAUUUAAGUGGGGGGGGGGGGGGGGGUUCAAAAAUUGAAAUCAAAAUGAGUGCGGCGCUGCAAAAAAAAAAUAAAAAAAAUUUAAGAGCCCCACUUUAGUGACUGAGGAAAAAACAAACAUUUUCAACAUCACUAAUUCUAAAUAAAUAAAAUGCAUUUUGGGAACUUGCAUGAAGGAAAGUCUCUAUACUUGGCUUAUGGUGAAUCGUGAUGGCCUCUGUCAUCGGUUUUGCUAAAGGUUGAGUGUAAAAUUGCCGAUAACUAUUGGCUGGUCAAGAGUGAUAACUGUGCUUGUCAGAUCGUCAUUGGAUGGCCUCUUUGUUCAAUCUCGAAAGGUUUACCCAGUUUCUGGAUGGGCUGAUGGCCGGGAAUAAUAUAUACAAAAAUAGCAACAGUUGCAAGGCAGUUUAAAUAUGUCGUUUUAUUUCUCUGCAUUGUUUCUUCUCAUGACACACGCUGGUUACUUCAAACGCCUCUUAUAUACCUUUUAACUCUUAUCUAUUUUUCUCUGCUAUGGGGCACUGUCUGCAGCUCAUUCCAGUUAUUUCUGAUUCUCUUACUCUCGCCCUGUAUUGCGGUCGCCUCUCUGUGUGUUGCUGGGUAGUCGUCCUUUAAUUGGCUCGACUGCUGCACAAAACCCACGUUUAUUUAACCCAGUUGAUCGCUGUAUCUCGGGAAUUUUACACGGCGGCCGGAAAUGACAUGCCAUGGCAUGCACAUGUUUUUAAAGUUUUUUUUUUCAGUACAGUGUUAAACUCGACAUUUUUAAAGAUUUGGUCAUAUUAGUCUAGGGUUAAACUCAGCAUGUUACGCGGAACCAGUGGCGUAGCGAGGGUGUUUGGCGCCCGGGGACAAGAUCCAUUUUUAGCGCCCCUUUUUCUUUUUUUCAAAUCUCAAACCCAUUAUUUUCAUCAAUAAAAUAAUAUCAAAGCACAUUUUGGCGCCCCUAACUAGCUGCCGCCCGGGGACAUCUGUCCCCCCCUGCCCCCACCACGCUACACCUCUGCGCGGAACGCCAGGUUUCAUGAACACUUUAGCAGGGUGACAUUUACUCUACUUUCAUUACAUGUCAACACUUGUUAUGAAUGUGAAUGGAUUGGCUUUCUAGCUUCAGCUGGCAUAAUUUUAGGUGUUACCAUUCUAAAAAUAGUCAAAGAAAUGGUAUAAUUAUUAUAUUUUGUGUUAACAAUACCAUUUAGUGAACCAUUCCAUCCCAUUUACUUGGUGACGACGAUAACAAUACCAUUUAGUGAAACAUUCCAUCCCAUUUACUUGGUGACGACGAUAACAAUACCAUUUAGUGAACCAUUCCAUCCCAUUUACUUGGUGACGACGAUAACAAUACCAUUUAGUGAACCAUUCCAUCCCAUUUACUUGGUGACGACGAUAACAAUACCAUUUAGUGAACCAUUCCAUCCCAUUUACUUGGUGACGACGAUAACAAUACCAUUUAGUGAACCAUUCCAUCCCAUUUACUUGGUGACGACGAUAACAAUACCAUUUAGUGAACCAUUCCAUCCCAUUUACUGGAGGACGACAAUAACAACAUGUGUGUGUAAUGAUUUCGGUUCAAGAUAGAACGUGAACAAAAAAGUUGUGGGUGCAUGUUUGAUUAUUUUUUUGGUUUUUUUUUUUUUAUAGUUAUUUGGUUAGUUGUUUUUGUUUUAUUAGUUAAUUUGUUUGUUUGUUUAUGAGUUAGUUCGUUUUUUAAAAUAUUUUUUUUUAUUUUAAGUUUCAUUACUCUUAAUAGACUGUUGCGGAACGAGAUCAAAUACGGGUAUAAAUCCGACCGCCGCACAGCCAAAGAUUGUGGAAUAAUUUAAAACUGAUGCUUUUAUUUUAUUCAAAGUUUAGUUACAUUUGCGUGUAAAGUAUUUGAAAGAAUCAGUGUACGCGCUAGGCAUCUGUGUUGUUACCCUGUUACAUUUAUGUGUGUACAGAUCUGGCCAAUCUCUCUUGUCUUUCUCAGGCAUGUGUUUCACAAGUCAUGCGUCGACCCGUGGCUCCUGGACCAAAGGUCGUGCCCAAUGUGCAAGCUGGACAUUCUCAGAGCCUAUGGCAUGCAGGUAAGCUUAUUUUUUAAAACAUGCCUGUUUUUUUAC